AGUACGUGUGUGUGUGUGCGCGCGCGCGCUCUCCCUGUUCCUCCCGCUCUCUCCCCCCCCCCCCGUUUGAUCGGUUAUGUCUCGGCCAGACCCUUCCGUGUGAGAAGAGCCAAACCUCCUCUCGCUAGGCUCUAUAAGGAACCCGGACGGCGGCGGUAGGGGGAGGGGGUUGCUACUUGGCCAGAGCGCGCAGCGAGCUCGCUGGAGCCGAGGAGGCGGUGAUGUGGCGGUGGAGAACUAAUUUUUUCGUACGCGGCGGCAGCAACGGCGGAAGGACCUAAGCGAGGAGUGGUGCCGUAGCUCCGAUUCUCUUUCUCUCUCGCUCUCUGAGUCUCUCCCCCCCCACCCGCUUCUUUCCCCCUCUCUCGCUGCCGUUCCCUCUUCUCCCUUCCCCCCUCCCUGCUUCCCUUCCCUCAUUCUCCUCCUCCUCCUCCACCCCCCUCCUCUCGGAAACUGCAGCCAUGAUGGCAGUUUGAAGCUCAGGCGGUUGGCGCUGGGGCUCGGGAGCCACAGCCCAACGGCCGGGGAACGGUCGGACGAACUGACGGCAGUGACGCUCGUGGAAGCCGGGCGCGCGGCGGAGACGGCAGCAGCAGCGGCGACGACGCCGACGCGGGAGCGGCGGUGUGAGGGAGGAGGGGGGGUGGCGCUCGCUCGCGGUGACAGAGAUCUGGCGCUGAGGCGACGAGGGAGCGCGCUCGCCCCGAUGGACUGAGGGAGAAGGAACUAUAACGUCGGCGGCAGCAGAGAAAAGGAAAAUGACACGGGGCAGCCUCCAGCCCCGCGCGCCCCUCAGGACCUGAGCUUGCUCUUUCCCUCUCCGCUUCCCUCCCUCCCUCCCUCCAGGCCCAGCCGCCUCCCCCUCCCUUUCCUUCCCCCCCUUUCCCCGCCUGCUGCCCCCCCCCCCACCGGAGGUGCGAGCCAAAGGAGCACCGAAACUUUCAAGCCGGCCGCCUUCCGCGGAAAAGCCUCAGCCUGCUCGCCUGCCCGCCCGCCCGCCCGGCCCCGGUUCACGCGGGGUGCGGUGCUCGGCGGGGGGCGCGGAGAGAAGGAAGCCAGCCGGGGGCCCAGAGCCCCUCCGCGGCCGCGGAGCUGCUGUCACCGUUUGUGCUGGAGCGCCGCCGUUCGAGCGAGAGGGAAAGGGAGCGCGGCGGCGGCGGCGGCGGUUCCUCUUUCUCGCCCAGCAGCAGCAGCGCUAAGGAGACUCGGGGCCCCAUUUCUCCUCCGCCGCCGCCGCGCUCAAGGUAUAGCCUGCCUGAGCUGAGGGGAGCCGCGCCAGUGGCGGGAGCUGCAGCAGCGGCAGGAGGACUUUCCUUGCAGCAGCAGCAGCAGCAGCCGCCGCCUUCUGGCCAGGGCCCUUGUGCCGCUGCGGGGCCUUCGCCUGAAUUGCCGCCGCAACCAGCAGCAGCGGGCCCUGUCCGCGGUGCCGCCGUCCUCGCAGCGCCCGAAGAAGGAGCAGCAGCAGCAGCAGCAGCAUCGCUUUCCAGUCGCCGCCGCGGCCGCCCUCUUCAUCACCGGCGGCGGGGAGAGGUGGGGGAACAGCCUCCUCCGCCGAGGCUCCGAGCCAUCUGCGCCCUGCAGCCGCCGCCGUGCCUAUCCGCGCUGUUCCUGAGCGGCUCCCGGCUCCCAGACAUGACCGCCAUCAUCAAAGAGAUCGUCAGCAGGAACAAAAGGCGAUACCAGGAGGAUGGCUUCGAUUUAGACCUGACCUGUAUCCCAAAUUUUGUGCAGGCCUAGCAUGGCUGGGCUGGGGACGCUUUUCAUUUUUUCUUCUUCCUUAGGGGAGGUGGAACCCAUAUGUCUUAAAUUCCCCCCACCCUCCCUGUAUUCCCCACCCCCACCCUCAAAGGGAGACCUGUGUCCCCCUGUCCCUCAUCGCUUUCUCUCUCCCCAUUAGGUAAUACUUUCUUUCAAAAAAGCUGCUGUGAUUCCCCCCUCGCCUCGCCUCCCCUCCCCCCUCGCUGAUUUGCAGCAGCUAGAAUCUGGCAGGCUCAGGCCUAGGCCUGGCACUAAAAGGCAGAGAUGAAAUUCAAGUGGAAAGCAGUAGUGCACAUACAGCUGUUGCAUCAGAAUUAUGCAGCGAUUAUCUAGCAUGUUUCUUUCAGUGUCUUUUGUAUAAUGUGAUACAUGGUGUAGUGCAAUCUAGGAUUGCAGCUUCGUCUGUUUAAGACUUUACCAGUUACAGUGACAAAGAUCUGGUUGGUUAGUUUGUAAUGCCUUUUGUCUUCUGGAAAAUGCUCCUUUUUGGAGUAUAGAAAAUGCACACUGAGUCAAUUUACAGUACUUAGUGUUGUUCCUUUUCUUGCCUGUAGAAUGAGUAGAUUGAGGGUUGUUCAUAAGUUGCAAUUUUUGUGUUUUAUCAUAGCUAGUAAAAUAAGACUCCUAAAUGAUAAUGCCACAUAGAUUAAUGCUUAUUUAUAUGUUUUAAAGUAUGAUUGCAAAGAGUAUUAGUGGUCAUUUGGAAUAAAAUUAUUGCGUGGCAUUAUUUAACAUGCAUUUAAUGUGGGGUGUUACGUCCUACUUAAAAGUACCUAAUAAGAUUCAAACUAUUACUGCAGUAACUAUUUUCUGUUAAAGUGUUGGUGUGGUUGAUGUACCCAUGGUUGAUGGCAGCAUCACUUUAAAUACAUAGGGAUGAGAAGACAAUUUUCUAUAACAGUCCUAAAAUAACUGCAUUGAUAAUAUGACCCCAAAGCAGUUAGAACUGGGAAGUUGGUUCUUAACAAAACUUUCAUCCAGUAGUUUAUGUUGCAUCUUCAAAUGCCUACAUUGUUUAACAUUGUGAAUUCUUUCACCUCCCCCAAUAGAAACAGCAUGUUAUAGGGAAGUGAUUCUGUGUUAAAUUGUAGCCUAGUAAAUUUGAGAAACAAUGAAAGUGGGAACACUUUUUCAGUACUGUAUACCAGUAUUAGGCUAAUAUCUCUUCAGAAGGAAUACUGAUGAGAUAGGUGGUUUUAUGGGGUGGGAGGCUGUUAAAUUUGUAAAGAUUUUGUAUUGAGAAGCUCUGUGGUCUUACUCUAGAUUUCUCUAAUUGGAAUCUCAAGUGUUCAGAACUGCUUACCAAAAGGUUUGUUACAUCUGCUUAACCCUUUGGUGGUUUUUCUAAUCUUUUGAAUGUUAGGUAUUCUUAAUUGGUGAAAGAUACAUAUUCUUAUAAUAAAAUACUCAUUUAAGCAACAAAACUUAAUUUUUUUUUAUUAGCUCAAAUUACAUUCCAUCUUUCAAUUAGUUUACCACAUUUGCAGUACUUGUGUAUGUUUCCUCAGAAGUACGGCUAUGUUCAGUGGGCUUACUGCCAGGUAAAUAUGUAUAGUAUAUUUGUGCUGCUGAUAUUGUAGCAAGCAAUUCACACUGCAUGAAAGUGAUAAUUAUAUCACUGAUCAUUUUAAAUAUAUGAAUAAUAGAGCUGCUUUUACAUGGUAAGAUUUUGGAUCAUAGAGCAAGAAAAUUCAAAUUAUCUUGCCACUGGUGUUUCUGCUAACAGCAUUAAAAAUAUUUAAAAAUGAAAACUAGUUAGUUCUUAUUCCAAUACAUAAUUGAAAGACAGCUCUUUUAACUCACAGUUGGACAGUGUGUGUGAAGUUGUAGCACGGAGAAUCCAAAGGUUAAAUAUUUGAUACUGGAACAGUAAAGUGUCACCAGUGUAUUGGAGAAUCCUCCAGCCAUUUAAUAAGUUGAAAUCUCUUCACACAUCACAAGGUUAAAAUGAAUCUCUUAGGCCAGGCACAGGCAGAAGUUAGAUCAGAAUCUACUGACAGAUAUUCUUGAUCUACUGCAAUAAUCCAAAGAUCUGAGUCUCAAAUUGUUUAACAAUAAGAACAACAAAGUGCCCCCCUCCCCAAAUAAGUUGCUGACAUAAGCAAACCUUUGGGUAACCAAGAAUAGAUUUUUGUAGGAAGUAACUGAACUCAUUUUUGGUUCUUUUGAUCAGUAGCUGCUCAGAGACAUCCUUUUCUUUAAUUCUAAGUGAAUGUCUUUUGUACCUGGCUCUAGUUGUUGGGUCUUGGAGUUAAGGUAAAAAAUAAGUAGAUUCUGCAAACCUGAGGUCUGCCCACCACUGUCUUAGGCUGCAAUAUUAGCAACAUUUCUUAGAGCUUGAGGUUGCAAACUUAUCCCUGGGAAUAAGCUUCGCUGAACACAGAUUGCUUCCAAGGAAAUAUGUAUAGUGUUAUGUUGCAUGUCCCAUUGAACUUAGGUGGGGUUAUUUCUGAGAAAACAUACCUAUGGCUGUGCUGUUAGACAAACAAAAAUAAUCCAAACCAUUUGUUAAGCCAAUAGAUUUUAAAUUAAAUCAAAUCAUAUAUAGAAAUAACCUAUUGGAAAGCAUAGAAAUAUUGCACAAGGAAUUUCUUAGUCAUAUAUACAAAAAGCAAUAAAUGAAAAUACCUAUUUCAGAAUUACUCCUCUGGAAUCAAUUACCUAAGGAUUGUAGUUGUGCUGUGGCAUGGGUAUUUCUUCCUCGGAUGUAGCCUGGAAAUAUUUCACUUCUUCCAUUUGUAGAAAAUUGUACUUCCUACUUAACUUGAUGAGACAAGUAAUUAUAUGUCCUGUUCGCUAAUACGAAAGACAGUGUACAUGAUCAAACAGAAGUUAGUUGCAGCUAAUUGCAAUCCUGUUCAUACUUGGUUGAGCUAGUUUAAACUUGGGGAGACUUUACUUUUGAGUAUACAUGCUUAGAAUUACAUAUUGUAAUUCCUCUUCCAUUGCUUUCAGUGGAAUGUAAUACCUAAUGUAAUGGGGCUUACUCCCAGGUAAGUGGGCUUGGGAGACUUCAGUCCUAAACUCACGUACCUGUGAAUAAGUCUCAUUGAAUUAAAUAGAGCUUACUUCAGAGUAGAUAUGAUUAAGGCAGUGCUGUAGUUUGGAUUUUGUAAAUUUAGUUACCUAACUUUAAUGAAAACAGAAUGGGACGUCUUGAUUUCUCAGACAUAACUUUGUAUAUUUUAAAUUCUGUCUCUGUAGUAUAUCUGUCUUUUCAUCCUCUCUUUUUAGGAGGAGCAUUGUUAUCAAAAUCUAAAUUGCUGUACACUUCAAAUACCCGAUAAACGGAGUAAUUGUGGAUAUAUUCAUGGAAGUAAGAUCUUCUGUGUUCAAUGCAGUUUACAUGUCCAUGUGUUUAGGACUGCAGCCUAAAAUAGGUAGAAUUUCUAAUCUGAAAGAUUGCAUGCUUUUUUAAAAUUAGCUGUUACUCUGUAUAUGAUUACAAUGUAAGUCAUAGUAUGUGAAUAAGAGUGGAUAUUUGAUCCUGAAAGAGGUAGUAGAGUUUACCUUAAUUUCCUUAAGAUUUACAUUUUAUUUGCAAAAGGUGUAAUUACUCUACUUUGCCAAUUUGAAAGUCAUUAAAAUAGAUAGUUAAUAGAUUCUCUUAUUGUGUGUACGUGUGAGAUCAUAUAGUUUUGGUACAUAGUGGUAAACUUAAAUACCUGAUUGAUUCUUGUUGUAGUUUCUUUGAGUUUUCCUCGGUUCUUUCAAGUGAUUUUGAAUGGCAUCCCCUUCAGCUGGAAAUACUUAACUUGUGUUUUAGAAAGUUGUAUAUAGAAUGUGCAGAUUUGUAAAGUUAUACAAGUUAAACAUGAAGUUAACAAUUAACAAGUGUUACUGUGUACACAGUUUAAGUCUCAACUUUUGGUCCUCUUUUCGUCAGUAAUAGUUGUAGUACAAGCAGUACCUAUAUGAUCUGUGUUUUAGUAGAAACUUUGAAAUGGUGAGUAACCUAUACAUUAAUUUGCACUGAAAAUGGCAUUGAAUUUUUCCUGAUUGUGACUUUGUGAGUGUGUAUAAGUUAGGCCGUUGCUCUGCCUAGAUUAAUACUGCUUGUUUGGACUGGCAGUGGCACCCCAUGACCUCAGGAAGGUGUUUCUCAGCCUUACUGUUGAAUACACCUUUUAUUUGGAGUUCUAGGUUUUGAACUUUGGGCCUUUAUGAAUGCAAAAUGUGCUAUAUUCUGAUGCUUGUGCAUCUGUCUUUAUAAACUUACUUCAAACUGCUUUUUAAAGUAUCUCCUCCCAUAUUGAGGAUAGAUUAAUCAGAGGCUUUAUCUUAUAUGUAGGAGAAACAAUGCAUUUUUACAGCAAUAUUUUAAAUCUCUUUAGAUUCUGAACUGUGUUACAAAUUAUACAUUUAAUAUCUGUAAUUUACAAGUCAAUCUGUGCACUCAUAAGCAUCUUCAGCAUCUGUCAAGUAGCAUGGAAAACACCACUUUCUGUCCUUCCUGGUGGGUAAAGGAGUACACUUCCCAUGUCCCACUGAAAAUAAUUUUUUGGCAUCUACAGUUUAUUUUCACUAAUUCUGACACAAAACCACUAUUUCAUAGUAAUGAUGCAUAUAAUGGAUACCUAUAAAUAUCAUGGUUUUCAGAUAUUGCAUAGAAAUGCUUUAAAGGUGAGUCUACCCCAGGAUUUCCCUAUACCCAUAUUCCUAAGAGUUUAGGAAUAAAAUAAACAUUUUAGUUUGCAAAUGUCCAGAUUAUGGUGUGCAGAAAGUAGAAUGGCUUACUCUGUCAGUAGUGUCCCUUGUUAACACAAGUGUUUCAAAGAUGGAAAAUUCGUAGAAAUUCAGGGUGUUAACUGCACAUUUUCAUUUGCUGUCUUGGGUCUCAAAUAAUGUUUUACUUGCUUUGAGGUGAGCCAAGUACCACACAAAGUAGAUGGUAAUCUGCAAUGGAGUGUACCUUGUCAGUUGGAUUAUAUAACACAAACACAUCAUCUCUAGUAAUAAUCUUUUUCAUACUUUUUUAAUUUAGUGAAUAUAAUGCAGGCUUCUGGGAGACUGUUUCUCUAUCUGGACUUCUUUCUGCUUCUGGGAAUGCUCAGUGGCUUACUGUAGUUUUUCAGAGAGAUGGAACUCCCUUGACUUUGUCUCUGUUUUUUCAGCGUAGGUUCAACAGGUAGUUACUCCCCCCCUCCAGUAGCAAAGCUUUCCAUUUGAAUUGACUGUUGGUCAUGCAGUCUUGAUAGGUGCUUUUUGAGUGGUUGAGUGGUUGAUUCUCAUGUUUUUUUAGCCUUUAGAGACAGAUCCUGCUUUUUGUCUUGGGAGUUUAGCUUCCCUCUGCAUCAUGAAUUGUAUGGGUAUAGCCGGUUGCAUCCUACCACAAAAGGCAAAAUCAAAAUGGCAACACUGCUGCUGUGCAGCGAUGAACUGCCUUUUGGCUAUAGUUGGCCAGCUGAUUCAAUAGGAUUUUGUUUAACUUCAAUAAGAUUGUUUAACUUUUGUAUUUGUGAAGAUCAUGAAAUAUUAUUCUUAGUAUGACAAUUUUAUCUUGCGUAAAGAGUUCAAAAUAUUAAGGCCAAUGAUGAAUGUAAAUCAACCUAUAAGUGUUGGUAUUGUGGAUUUAGGUUGGACCAGCCUAAAAUGUAAUUCCUGUGUAAAACGGAUCCAGAAAUAACCUGCCUUUUUAUUGGACUGGCUAAAUUGAAUGCAUGUUUCUGUCAAUACUUGGCUAUACUUUAGCAGUAUAGAGUAGUAUAUAAUCUGAGAUAGAUUAGGCUGAGAGAAAGACUUGCCCAAGGUCACCUAGUGACUUUUUUGAGUAAGAGAUCUGAAGCUAUGUCUUCUCUCCUAUAAGUCAAAUAUCCUUGCCACUAACUAUACCACAAUGACUUUUGUGAUUGUAGUAUGUCUUUUCUGACAGAUAGGGUGCUAUACAAUCUGUUCCAGAAUGAAAGGCAGGGUUUGAAUGGAAGCAGUGUUUGGAAGACCUUUACACUUUUGAUGCUUAUUUCCAUGUAUGCACUUGCACUUUCUUAUGACAGGCACUUAAAAUAGAAGACACAAGAUUGCAGCAUGGAGUGCUCCCAUUCAGGGUGUCAGCCAACCACCAUACUUUUUCUAGCCUACCGCUAGGAUUUGUAUCCCCCCCCCCCCCGCAACAGUCAGUCUGCACUCUAUAGCUGCUGAGCAUGCUCAGUCGUUGUCCUGAUUUUUGAGUACCCCCACCUUAGGGAUUUCCUAAUUUGCUUUUACUUCUACAUAACUUGGUCCCGUCCCCCCCCAAGCCUGUUGAUGCAUCUCUCUGGAGUUUGUAUGAUCCUGUUUUUGCUAUGUAAGGAUAUUCACUUUGAGAACUGGAUUCAUUCUGUGUUUGUUUGUGCGCACAGAGAUAGACGCAUACAUAUAUGUCUUAAAACAAAAUGCUUCAGAUUGUAGAUUUUUAGCUGCUCCAUUUGUAAGAUAUAUCUAACUUAAAAUACAGUGUUUCUCUCUCUCUCUCUCUCUCUCUGUGUGUGUGUGUGUAUUAAGCAAGUAUGUGAUGUACAUGAACAAUAUUGGUUCUGUAGAUGAAGUUUCAUCCAGAAGGGGUACACUGGUAAAGGCAUUAGUUUUGUGGUGCCAAAGAAAAUGGGGUGGGGAAGAAGAGUUCUGAAUAGCAGAACCUUCCCAUUUCUCCAGUGGUUGGGCAAACAAGGCUAAAUAAUGUUUCUAAUCUGUACACUUCCUCUCAGAAAGGAUGCGUCGGUUUCAUAAAGUUCGACACUAUGUACAAUGUGCGUUUACUCUUGGCAGCAAAGAAACCAGAAAUAAUUCUAUUGUAAAUCUGAUAUUUAUCUGCAUUUCCCACUAGUUCCUGAAAACUGCUGAAUGCCUUUCCUAUGGGCUUUGUGCUUAGCAACACUGGUCAGUGCAAAUUAAGCACAGUUUCUUUUAAUAUUAUGUGACUUGGCCCCCACUAACACGGUUCUUGCAGAAGAAUGUCAUGUAGUCUUCUAACUGUAAGCUAACAUAGCUUACAGAAGCAUUGUGUCCCUCGGUAUUCCUGCAGUGUAUGGGUCCUUUGCUCACAUCUUUUGUUGUAUAUUGUUACUAAUACCUAAAAAGCAGUGGGGUUAAAUAUUUUAAAAAGGUACGGUAGUUUCAGUGCUAUUUGAACAAAAUUGUUUAGUUUGUCAGCAGCUGCACUUUGGAACUCCCUGCCUAUUGAGAUAAAGCAGGCACCUUCACCAUACUCUUUGGCACCUGCUAAUAGCAUUCCUGUUUAGACAAGGCUACUAAAAUGCUUAGAAAGUUGAGAUAAUUUUAAUCUGUUUUAUUACUUUAACUUUUGUAGGUUUUAAUGUAGGGUUGUAAUUUUUUUCUUGAUUUUACAGUUUGUUUUCUGUAAAGCACUUUGAGAUUUUUUAUAAUCAUACGUGUAUAAAUUUUUAUGGAAUGAAUAAGUAAGUAAAAUAAAUAAAUUGAUUCCUUUGGUGCAAUGAAUACAGUCAUCCCAUGCCAUAUAUUGGUAUGUGAAAGCUGUUACUCAUUUUUUAUGCUUCUAAUCCUCCUGGAUUUUUAUGAAUUUAGUAAUGUUCAUAUGACCCAAUAUAACAAGUUUCACGUAAAAUGGGAAUUUUAUUCUUCUGCCAUAGAAAAACCAUUAUGGGGGCCCCUGCUCCCUAGACAGGCUUUUUUGAUGGGUAGAUGCAGAAUAUGCAUGAAAUGUUUUUUCUGCUAUGAAAUAAAUUAAGUCGGGUCAUAAAUGUUCUGAAAGUUGUGCCAGAUGUUCAUUGGGAAAAGAGCAGUGUUAUAGUUUAAGACCAUAUAUUUGACAUCCUCAGUGGAUUGUAUUUUUUUGGAUUAAAAAAAAUGCUUCUGUACCUAUCUCAAGAACAAUAAUGAUAGAAUACAGUAAUAUUUUAAUGCAGAAAAGUUUCCUUGUGAUAGUGCAUACUUUUAGGGAAAGUAGUGAUGACUCUGAAAAAAAUAUGCAAAAGGAAUAAUGAGUUAUAAAAUAGUUCUGGUGUGGCUUAAAAAGUGUAUUUUUCCUGGCAGGCAUUUUUUUCUUCUUUUUGCAUGUGUGUGUUAUGCACAUAUAUAUGAGUUAUCAGUGGUUAAUAACAUCAUACUGCUGCUUUGGUAAAUAUUCUAAUGAUACAGUUCAGUAGCUUUAAGAAGACUUGAUUGAAAAUUCAGAGAAAUGCCAUUUUUGCAGUAAGAAUCCAUUACUAUUUUGCUGUUUGUUUUAACAGGCCAUUUGUGUGUUCCCCAACUAAAUGAUAAUGAGUCCUUAGUCUCUAGCAAAUUUAAAAUCCUUACAUUGAUAGGGCGACAGUAGAAUAAAAACACCUACAAGGGUGUUUUAUUAUGUCUUAUUCACAUGAUGUAUGCAUAGAACUUUCCAACUGAGUGAUUUUCAAAACAAGUAAUGCCCAGAACUUUUUCCUCCCAGAAGUUGGUGUUUACAUGCAUGCACUAAUGUUCUGGAAUUUGAUCUUUAAGGUUUUUAAGAAUUUAGAUUGAAAUCUAUACAUGCACACUUGGGUAUAAAUAUCAAUGAACUCAGUGAGGUUUACUGCCAAGUAAGUCUGCCAUAAGAUGUAUUAGUUCAGUUAGAAAGUGGUGGUUCCUAACUAGUGCUGUCAUUUUAAAUUUGAAUAUAAUGUAGGAGGGCCCAUGCUCUCCUACUUGCCUUUAUCUCUUUACUUGGAAAAUAUUGCCAUCAGAGUAAACUAAUAAAGACUAGUUGCUGGGGGAUGAUGAACAGUAGGGGAUGGCUGUUACCAGCAUGACCUGGUAGUAUGCUUUCUGGAUGUAUCUGACUAGGCAGUGUUAGAAGCAGGAUGCUAAACUAGAUUGAUCUUUGUUCUCAUCCAGCAAAGCUGCUCUUAUUAUAUUAUCAAUCUUUUGCAGUUUAUCUACAUUGUUGUUGACUUCUGUUGCCUAGAAUUGAACACAAAUGAGAUCUUCAUCAGUGCUGAAUAGAAUGCUAUGGUUAUUCAUUUGUAUUUUAAAGACAGUAUUGCUCUUAAUGUGGUCUAUAAUGGCAUUGCUAUUUUGUUCCACUGCAUCACAUUGACUCAUUCAGUUUAUUCCCUAUAAACUGAAGUUUUUAGAAGUGCAGCUGUUCACCCAGUUAAAUUUUUUCUCCCUCGUCUCCCCUGCCCACAGUAUUGUAUGUGUUUCUGUACAGUUCUUUGUUUUUAAAAAUACAACUUUUUUGUUUUUAUCAUAUUGCUGUUCACAUUUUUCAUAGAUACAUCUAACAUUUUAGUGUUUGCAAUCCCUUUAUUUUGGAUCCAACAUGGUGUAUGGUCAUCUUCUGCUGUGUUGAUUAAGAAAUUGAAGAGAGAACUACCAGCACGGCUGGAAAUCUCUUUACAAUUUGAUAUUGAUCUAUUUUAUUUCUUUGUGCAGUUUUUCAACAAAUUAUAUCCCUCUUGCAAUAGUUUGUUGUUUGUUUGCUACCCUCCCAAAUAACUUUUCUGGUGUGGUUGUCAUGAAGACGGAGAUCAGAAGCCUCGGCAUAGCUAAGAUAUAUCAGUGGGUUAUUCUCUACCUAAUCCAGUCUGGCUUCUUAAAAAAGCAACUUCGUUUGGGUCAGUACAAUUUAUAACCAUUGAAUGCUAGUCACUCAUAUUCUUCUCUGUGCUUCAGUAUGUGCUCCAAUUUUAAAAUGCAGAAGCCAGAAUAAUUUUUCUGCUUUCCUUUUAAAAUAAAAAAGAUGCACUUUACUUUUGCUCUGUAGCCUUUUGGGACCAUGCCAUUUUCCAUGAGUUCACACACAUAAUUACUAGUGGUUCUGAGAGACCAGCGUAACUCCCAUGGGAUCCUUGGGUGAAUGUCAUCAGGACCUGCUGACUUGAAUAUGCUUACAUUCUCCAAUAUUUCUUUGAUUUCCUCUUUGGUUAUUUAUAUACCAUUUGAUGGUAAAAUAACCCCCUCAAAGCAGGGUGCAAAAAAUAAAACAAUAAAAUUGAGAAAAAUUCAUAAUCAUACAUAGAAAAUUUAAAAUACUAAAAUAAAUCAAAAAUUACCUCAACUGUCUAAGUAUCUCAGUAGGCUUGUCCAGCCAAGAGUGUUUUUAGCAGGUGACAAAAAGAGUAUGGUGAAGAGUUAUUUAUUUAUUUCAUAUAUAUCUAUAUAUAUAGAUAUAGAUAUAUAUACUGCUUGAUUGUUGAAAAAAACUUCAAAGCAGUUUACAAAAAAGAUAAAACAAUGACAUUAUUAGUAAAAAUUAUUAUCAUAAUUUAAAACAUACAAAAAGUUAAAAGCACAAUAGAACAGACUAAAACAAAUUAAAACUCAUGAUCUGUGACCUUUCCUCUCCCUUGGUCCCCCUCCCCAUUGUGAAAUACCCUAUGAUUUAUUAUUUUUUAUAAAUAGCUUUCCUUACAUAAUUAAGUCACAUUGCACUGCAUACCUUUUGCUUAAUUCAUAUGACUUGGUACUUGGUUCUUUUGAAGCAUUCCUUGGUACUUGGUUCUUUUGAAUCAUUCCUAGGCAUUUGAGCAAUGCUUUCUAGAAAUUUGCUGCUGCUAGAUGAGUUCUUUAGUAAUUUGCAUUCUACUAGAGAAGAAACAAUAUGGGGGAAACUAGGCUUUUGAUUUUAUCAAACCAUGAGAUACUAAGGAGGCAGGUUUUUGAAUUAAUGGCUGUACAGAGAUGGCUGGUCUCCUUCAACAAGAUACCUUUGAGGGGGGAAAGCUGUUCCUUGGCCUGCUCCUAGAUCAGCAUUUUCAGAGGUUAAGUGCACACUGAUAAUAAAUCCUUUGGUGUCUUUUUCUGAAGAAUUCUAGGAAGAAAAUAGCAUUGAAUUCAAUGGGAACUAUUCUGAAAUAGGUGUGGAUAGGACACAAGUUUGUGUUUUCUGCAGGCCCUGUGCUGUACUGUGUAGCUUCAGCAUAAGAGUAUUGGUUUUGUAUGUUUUACUUGGGACACCUCCAGCCAGAACGUAACUAUAUCUUGCUGUCAACUGCAGAGAGGUGGAGUAAGAUCUCUCCUAAAAUGCCAGGUAUUUAAAAGUAUGCAAUGGCUGAGGCCUUUUACAAAGAGGUUUUUGCAGGGUUGAUAAGUGCUGGAGAAAGAAAUAGGGCAUGUGACUAAGGGUGUGCACAUAUGAUUUCUUCCUGGAGAUUAAUACUUGCAUAUUUAAGCUGGUCAGUCAGAACUUGUUGUUCCUGAAAGAUGAGUUUAUGUUUUCUGAUGUCAUGUUCCCCUCCUGCUCUGUUCAUUGCUCUCCCAUUCCAUCACUUUGUACUAAAAUGUUAGCAAAGAGGAAUGCUGGACAUCAGGUAGAAUAGCAAAACCAAAUUCACUGCCAAUAGCUAAUAAGCCAUAAGUCUUCAACUAUAGCUUGCUUCCACUUCUAAAACAAGCUUUUAACCUCUUUGCAUUAUAGCUGUACAGCAUAAAAAAAAUGUUAAGGCACACUGGCGUUAUGCAGUGACAAUUAUUUUUUCUUACUCUUCCAGGAGUGCUGAUAAAUUAUUUAUUUAUUACCUUAAACCUCCUAAAAUUGAUAGUAGUUUAUUUGUAAAUUGGAGAUCAGUCCACAUCUAUAGGCUAUAUAAAUCAGUGCUUCUCAAGCUGUCUGAUGUGGUGGACCUGUAAACUCUCCCCAUUCAAAUAAGCCAGUGACCAGUCCCUGAAGUGUCCCACCCAAACUGGGCUGUGGUAGAGUCAUCAGGGACCAGUAGCUGAUGGCUUGCAAAUCGACACCAGUCUGCAGUCCACCACAUUGAGUAGGGCAUGCAUAAAUGAUAUAUAAUAUUUGGCAGUUGCUGAUGUUUAGAGUCUAGGCUUGGGGUUUCCAAACUAUGGACCACCAAUGGUCUGUGAUCUUCAUUCAGGUGGUCUGGUAUGUCCACCAUUAAAUAUUCAUACUGAUUUUUAAUUGCAUUUUUAUUGCUUCUUUUAAAAGAAACAAAAAAAAUAGCAAUAAAAAUUAUACAGUAUAUCUCAUACACUCUCUACAACAGGCAGAAAAACCAUUAAACUGUCCACCAAGACCAUCAGCUGUUUUCUAGUGUUCUUAGGGCGAGGGAGGUUGAGAACCACUGGUUUAGACUUCUUAUUGCAAAGGUAAGUCUUUGGUAGAAAAGUACAAUAGGUUGGAGUGAUUCUUGGAAACCAUCUACAUUUUAGCUUCUUUUUUUUGGUCCUUCCAUUUUAUACACAGCCCCACCUGGGGAAGAACAGCUGGGCAGCUCUUAUGACUGAAAAAACUGAAAAAACCUCCUUCCUGCCCUUGUAUAGAAUUCCUCCUUCUAUACCCCCCACCCCCGGAAAUCAGCAGUGACUAGAUUUCUCGGACACUGGUUUGCUGCCAUGAUGUCUGGUUUGCUCCUUAGUCUAUGUAAACAUCUUAAGCAGCUUUGCAAAUAAUUACACAGGGAAUGUUUGCCCGCGCUAACUAACCCUGUAUACUUUGUGCUGCUGCUCCUUCAUCCUUCCCCAUCCUGCCUCUACUAUUGUACCCCUACUGUAAACAUGCUAUCUUCCUGUUGCUGCGACACUUCACCAUGAGCUUAAAAGUCAGGUUAAUUGAUAACUGGACUUCAGUAUCAAAUCUACAUGGUUAGGAUAUCUGGAUUCGUAAGUCUUUAACACUUGUGGUUGAAAUAGAUGGGUGAUAGAAUGUUGAGGUAGAACUGACAGGUAAUAGAGCACUGUGUUGCAGUUUUUCCUAACUAGGUGAAACAGUAUAGAACUGUGGUUGUUGGUAUGUUUGCAUGCCUGUGUUCUCUAUUGCGGGCUUUUAUAUUAGUUGGCCCUUAAAUAUGAAAAAGGUAGAGAAGUGCAGCAAUUAACUUUGGCACCUGACUCCUAAAAUAGCUUUUCAGGAAUAGCAGCAAUAGUGGAUGGGUACAGUGAGUAAGUAUGAUGCAAGCUAAGACUGGGGACAGUGACUGGUUAUCCCUCGCAAGUUGCAGACUGGAUGGCUAGAUAAAGUUUCUUUUGACUGUAGCCUUUGCUUAUCUGUGCUUCCUUGUUAAUGCAAUUUAGUAAAAUUGUUUCACUGGUCUUUCUCCUCAUACCCACGGGUAUUUGCAGUUGUCUCUCGUGGUCAUAACUGCACUUUAGGUGUACCUAUAGAUAUAAUAUUUUUGAGUUCUAGUCUUCAGAAGUGUUUGUGCUACUCUUUUAUGCAUAUACUCAUUGGAAACUACAAUGCUACUGUUAAUCUUUCCUCCCACAGUUUUUUGGAAAGCUUGAUAAGUAGAAAUUGGAAUAAUCUCUAGGAGUGUAAUUUACGGUAAUAGAUUUCACUGCUGAAUAUCAUUGUGCAGAGGUGGUGAACACAAGGCAUAGUGGGUUAUGCUGCCCUCUUGUGCUCAAAGUCAGGAAACACAUACCUUUGUCCAUUAAUAGCUCCCUUCCUCCUCUUGACCAGUCUGUUUCCUGUCUUGACCAGGAGCAGAGGUGUGUGUGUACUCCUCAGUUGCCUACUCCUCAGACUUGUGGUUAGUGUUUUAAAUACAUUUUGUCGGUGUGUGUGUGUGUGUGGUUGGUCUUUGUCUGAUCUGUGUUUUGUAUUGCUUGCCAGAAGUCCCCCCUCCAGGUUUUACCUUACUGGUGUUUUCCGACAACAUCAUUUUUCUUCAGCUUUUAUUAUCUGACUUUCACCAUCAGGUCCGAAGGGUGGGUUACAACAGUUUAAAAUUCAACAUUAAAACAGUUAAAACAAAUGACACCUUUGAUAGUACUUAGUUCUUGGUAGAAUUUGAGUGACUUGGCUGAGGGUUUACACAGGAUGGUAGAUGCAAGCUGAAAUACUAUGUAUAUAUGGACAGUACAGUAAUAAAGUAAGUAUACUUUAAAUGUAAGUUAAAUUGGCUUUAAUCGUUUCUUUGACAGAUAGUCUUCUGGAUAGUUUUUGAAGAUGUCAGUACUUUAGAAUCAAAGACAAAUAGAUGAGUCUUUCUAUAUUGUAUAAUUAAAGCAAAAAUAAGGUUUCUGGGUCUUAUACUGCUCCUUUGUGUCCAUUUAAAUAGCAGUUUAAGAUUAAGAUUACUAGCACUGUGCAAGUUCUUAUUGCAUGACAAUAUUCUGCUAUUGCCUGGAGGUUUGAUAAGAUACUACUUUCUUUCACUGACUUUAAAGUGGGGUUUUGUUUCUUUUGCCCAUUAGUGGUUCUCUUCCUCCUCUGAUUGCAGGAUGCUGAGCAGAUAUAUCUAUUCCAGUAUUCUGGUUGUAGUUCAGGUACUGAGCCAGAAAUGUUUUGGAGUAUUUAUUCCAUUUUCUUUGUUUAAGUAUGUAAACACAUGUGAAGCCUCAAGAUAAUAAUAGAGGCUGUCAAGGAAGGGAACUCCCCACCGUUCGUGGAUUCCAUGAAGUGUGUUGUCUUUUCCGCCAAUGCCAGAAGCUCCACAAGGAACUCUGAUAGGCUUCUGAAGACAAUUGCGCUAGAACAUUACUUUCAUUCAAGUGCUCAACUUUCAGAAUUUCUUCCAGUGCUGAUUGCUUAUCUGACUCAAGACUUCAUCUGUGCACUUUCACUUCUAGUUGCCUUAACAGUGCAGUUGGCUUAUACUUUCAGUAGAAUUCUGAAGUUUUCAGGUGACCCUGCAGUGCAGUGCUUAAUGGGUUCUUCAGCAAGUAGUCAAAUAUCUGUCAGGUUCCAUGCCUCUUUAUCAGGGAGAGCUUAGUGCUGAUUGCAAAGGAGUGAAUCCUAUACAGGUGACUCAACUUACACGGGGGUUACAUUCCAGGGAUAGUGCAUAAAGCCAAAAUCUCAUAUAGUCAAAACACAUUUUGGGUUCAGUGGUGGGUGGGAUUGCCAAAGUAAUAUUUUCCUGGACACCUGCCCUCUUUCUGCCUCCUUUUCAAUUUUCUAAAAAUAAAGAAUUGCCUACUGUGUAAAGCUGAAUGCGUGCAAGUUAAAUGCACAUAAGUUGUGAAUUACCUGUAUAGUUAAGAAAACUUAACACUCUCUAGGCAGGCACCAUUCUAGACCACUGCUCUGCACUCACCAUAGCCAUCAGGUCACCUUUUCACUUUUCCACCAAUGCCACUAUUGAGAAGAACAUGUCUCAAGGUAUGCUUCUGCAUUCCAGUCUGCCUUGGCUGAAUGUCUCUGCCUGGAAGUUGAAUAGAAGGCUCCUAAAGGCCACCCACCUAAAGUGGUAGGUACCGUUCUGUCAUCCAGGUAUCCUUCCAUGCUCUGCAUUUAUCAUUCUGCAUGAUCAGUCUUCCUAGACAGUGUAAAGAAGGUUAACUGCAUUUAAAGAAUCCUGGGAUCACUGCAGCAUCUUCAUACUACCUUGUCAGCAUUGCAGAAGUUGCCAUCUGAGUUGUUAAAAUCUGUGUCUUUGUUGUUUCUCAGAUUGGUUUUUUUUUAAGCCCUAGUUGUCAUCACUUCAGUCUGUCAUGGUGGUUGUUCUUUGCACAAAUUUGUCAUUCAUCUCAUAAACAUGCUUCCAUUUUCAGCAGGAGCAGGAGCUCUUCCUUACAACCUGUUGCUUUCCAGCCUUGGAAAGGGCAUGGUAUUGUCUGGAUGUGUGAAGAGCUUUGAGGUUUGCUUUGGGAACCAAACAGUUUAGGCAGUCUCAGGCUUUCUUUAACUUUUUUCAGCCAAAGUGGCAGGGGGAGCGUCCACCAGAGCAAGGUGAAUAAAAGGCUAUAUUUUCCUUGCUUUCAUAUUCUCUGACAUAGCCUUUCCCACCAUUGAGUCCCCCAGAUGUUGUUGGACUAUGACUCCCAUCAGCUUCAUUCAGCAUGGCUCAGUGGUCAGGGAUGAUGGGAAUUGUAGUCUCAACAACCUAUGGGGACAUAGGGUUGGGAAAGGUUACUCUAAAUUAGCUGUUCCAUCUAACAUUAUGGCUUACUCUGCAGAUUGGUGGUAGUAUCUGCAGUUUUUGCAAAUAAUACCCUACACAAAGUUUGUUGAAUCUCCACAUGGUCACAUCCUAACCUUCUGAGAAUGUUUGGCAGUCUCUUGAUGUGUGCAAUACUUUUUGAUAUUAAUUUAUUGUUCCUAACCCUUCAGACAAUCUGAUUUCUUGUUUGUUUCGUUUCACUCAGCUUCUCUGAAGAGAAAGUUGUUUAGCUGUACCCUGUCUCUCCUGCUUCUAGAGUUUAAGAUGUAUCAGCUCUCAGUAGCAAAACAUUCAGGCAGGGUGGUUCUAAGGACAUGCCUAAAAUAAAUUCAAUUUUGCAGCAACAAGAAGAAUUGAUAUUGCCAAAGUUUUAUCCCACUUCUCCUGAGUAGGCUUGGCAUUCUUUAGAUGUGUGAAGAGCUAUUAGAGCAUACGUUAAUAGAACAAACUACUAAGGCAAACAAACUCUUUCCACCCUAACACCUUGGGAUAGAAAGUAAGAAGCUACACCUUAGUUAGGUGGAUUAAAGUGUGCAUCACAUUAGCUUAUGAAUCACUGAAGUUAUUUGUGCCAGAACAUCUCAGCAUAUUCAACCAUGACAACUUCAGCAGCUUUUUUCAGCGAAUGCGCCUUUUUGCAAGGUAUGCAGAGUGGCUAUGCAGGCUACACCAACAGCAUUCAUUAGGCAUUACAAAAUUGAUAAAUGUUCUUCAGCAAAGGCAGCUUUGGGGAGGAAGUCCUCCAGCAGGUUAUUUAAUAGGCAACUGUCGCAUGGUUCCCACUGAGAGGUUUUUAGCUUUAGUGCAUCUCACCAUACCAUAUAUUAGCACCUCUAGAGAAGGAACCCUUGCUCUCACUUGAAAGGGGGUUCUCAGAGGCAUUGAACACAUGGUAAGUCCUUGAAUUUCGGGGAUGACUGGCAGGCUGUAUAAAUGCUUAAUUCUGUGAACUGCCCUGAGAUCUUAUAAUGAAGCGUGUUAUAUAAAUUGAAUGAAUGAAUGUAGGGAGGAUUGUUCUGCUUUCACAGUUGGAGGCAAUAUGCUUCUGAAUACUAGUUGCUGGAACCUACAAAAGGGGAGAAUACGCUUGUGUUCAGGUCCAGCACAGGUUCUGGUUUCCCCCCAGCAACUGAUUGGCUACUGUAAGAACAGGAUGCUGGAUUAGAUGGGCCAUUGGCCUGAUUCAGCAGACUCUUCUUAUGUUCUUAGGUUUUCUCCUGUGCUGCAUUGCUUUGGUGAUUUGUUCUGUAUAUGAGUAAUAAAAGAGACUGGUCAAGAGAUGGAGGAGCAAGGAACAGAGAAAGGUCUGUGUUUUGUGUCUUUGGGCAAAAAUGGGUAGCAUAGCUCACCAUGCCAUCUGAGAAACGUAUUUCAGGCAAGAAAAGUGGUUCCUUUCCUUUGAGUAGGCUUAAGUGCUUAUGCAAAGGUAAUUUGAUAGAGUACAGUAUAUCAGGCUAAAUAUAUGAUACUUUGCUUCUUUAUUACAGUACUUACUGACAAUCUAAUGUUAACGUGAGGCUUCUAUUUGUUUGCUGAAUUUAUGCUAUUUCAAUUCCUGGAUGAGAUGGCUAUAAAAAGAUCCAGCUUGAGAACCUAUAGAAAAUUAUCUGUAGUUUUACUUAAGAGGAAUGUAGGCUGUGUGUAGCCUGUGAUGGUUGAAAUUAUGCAAAUGAGCCGGACUGGACUCUUGGCCUCAUGUGCUUUCUCCACCCUCGCUUUAUUUUUUAAUAUAUAUGUAUAUACUAAAAUAAAAUUCUCAACGUGGUUAAGUGUUGUAAAAAAACAACAACAACUUAAAAAUUGGAUCUUCUUUCCUAGAUAGUAGGGCAAAGGAAGACCAUAUAUUUGCUGGUUUGGAUUAAAUGGAACAUCAUGGCUACCUUACAUCAGGAGGGCAGAGAGGGAUCUCCCCUGUCAGCAAGGCUAAGGCCCAGGCAUGUUAAUGUCAGAACGUAGCUUACCAUUAUUUUUGAACUAUACCUGUACUUAGAUCAUGUAAAUUGCUUCGGUGGAAUUAAGAUUUCACUUUCUUUUAUGUAAGUUCCCAAUGAAGUGCAGAAAUCAGCGAAAGACUGAUUUAAAAUCAUAUUAUGUAUAAUCUGGUGAAAAGUGUAGAAUAGAAGAACUUACUCUCUUUCUGGAUGUCUUGCAAAUUACUCCAACACAAAAGUUACUAGUGUACAAGAUAGUGUACAGGUUGUUUUUUUUAAAGAUAAAAUCAGAUAAUUCUGCAUUUACCUUGAAAUGAAUCUCAUUUCUAUCAAGCAUACGAUAUGAAAUUCUGUGUAGAAGAUUUUUUUUUUAAAAAAAUUACUUCUGAGGACAAGGUGUUUGUGUAUUUGUUUAUUUACAUAACACAGUUUGUGUGUGUCUAUAUGAAUUACUGUUGCAAAUUUUAAAAAAUUAGCAUGAUCAACCAAACAACAUGGAUGCUUACUACUUGGAUAAGUGCUAUUUUGGUUUGUAAUUACCUGUUUUGUUUACUUGCAGGUGCAAGUGAAGGUUUUUGCUUUUGUUUGGUUAGACUUGACUAUGAUAUUGGGAAACAAGCCAACUUCAAAAUAUGGUUCACGAUCCUGGCUUUGUUUCCUACCAUGUAUAAUAAUCACAAUUCUCUGAUUGGGUGAAAUGAGUUGCUGUCAUCAGUUUAAAAUGAGUGGCAUGCAUGGAAAAGUUUUUUUGUUUUGUUACAUUUAUAUCCUGCCUUUACACCAAUGAGCUCAAGGUGUCCUACACAGGUCUCUCCCUUUCCAUUUUAUCUUUGCAACAGCCCUAUGCUGUGGGUUAGGCUGUGAGGUAGGUGAGACCAUAACUGGCCCAAGGUAAUCCAGUGAGCAUCAUGGCUCAGUGGAUAUAUUAUACAGAAGGUUCUGGAGGUAACAGCUGGUAUCUGUUGAGCAGGUGCAUUUUGCUGCAGAUGAUGGAAGGGCAAGUGUCAGUCUAGUUUGGUAGUUAUGAACAAUUAUUUAUAACAAUGAGAGUUUAACAAAUUGUAAAACUUGGAGUACAUAAAAUAGUGUGAGCUGGAUUUGAGUGCAUUAUUCUGGUGAGAGACAGGAUGAUGGCUUUUGGAGUAGAGACUAGAUCUUAACAAAUCAGAACAUUUUCUUUUUCCUAUGUUUAUAUUCAGAUUUAUAUGUAACUUCACACAGAGCUGAAGGACAGCUUUCAAGCUCCCAGGACUUGCAUUCUGCUCCCCUGUGUUGUGUGUGAGAGGCUUGGAGCCAUAUGAUGCUGUGGUACAGGAACAGGAGAUGUUCUAUAUCUCUUGGCAGCAUAUGCAGCUACCCAGUCUCUGAAUACUCAGAGCUUGCCGAAGUAGCCCAAAUGGACAGACUGCUUCUGUUUGUACUCCACAGAUGGUCUGACUGGAGCAAGCUUGCAACUUGGGAGGUUCUGGUGAAGGGAAGGAAGCGCCCUGGAUGUGGAGAUUCUGUACCUCUUCAGUAAUCUGAUCCUUGCAAGGCUGUGUCUUGGCAGCUAGGAAACACUAGAGAGCAACUAAGUCAAACUUAGUGGUCAACUAUGCAUAAAUCACUAGAUCCAUGGUGGCUGUUUUGAUGAUAGGGGAUGCACGGGUAUGAAACAGUUUCUUGACCCUCAAGCUGAAAGGUAGACUGAAUAAAAUUGUGAGUUAUAUGACAUAUAAUACUGUUGUUACACUGCUUGAUCUUUCAAAAUGGUAGAUAUUAAUUUCACUCUAUUGAAAACAAGAACAUUCUGCUUCCAAGUAAUUGUUAAGAUUACAUGUGAGCAAUCCAAGGCCCUCAAAGACCUUCCCUAUGGGUUGGCAAACCACUGCCUGUUGCCCCUCUGUACUCCCAGCCCUGUUCUUCUUAGCCUGCCAAACAGUUGUUUCCCUAAUGGUGGAAUACUAGAACCUUUUUCUCUAUAGAAAGUGUCUGAAAUGGUUGCUUAAAUCCAGUCUCUAUAGUUACUUGCUUGAAAUAUUUAACACUUUAUGUACUAUUUCACAAUGUUACUCUGUAAAUAUUUCUCUUAACUUGACUAUUCAGAUAUUUAUCCAAAUAUAAUUGCAAUGGGUUUUCCUGCAGAAAGACUUGAAGGAGUAUACAGAAACAAUAUUGAUGACGUUGUGAGGUAAGAAUUUGUGUCUGUACAUCUUAAUGUCAUCUGGGAGUAAAUGUAUAAAUAUGAGAUUUCUUGGGGACAAAAUGUUACAAAAUGUCUAUGUUCCCUUCCACAGGGUUCCCCAUUUCUGAGAUUAUCACAUAUUUUAUUCAAAUGAGAACUAAAACAAUGUUUUAGUAUCUUUUACAAUGCAGUGUGUUUUUCUCUGCCAAAUCUGAAACAAAAGCAAAUAUUAAGAUUUGAAAUUUUAAGGUAAUUAACUAAAGUAUUACUUUUUUACAUGACAAUAUAUCAGCAUUAUGUUUAAUCUAGCUAGUGCAUUCAUCGUUACUAUUUUUAUUUUUGUAUAAUUCUGCAGUUUGGUGUCAGUUCAGCAAAUCUAGUACCUCUGAAUUCAUCUAUGCACUUAAUAGCCAUAUUGGGUAAGGCAGAAAUUAGUUGACAAGUUUGGUUGUUAAUUCUCCAGCUCUUCAGUGAAUGUUUGCCUCUCUAAUUUUAAUCUCUGUUAGUAUGUGAAGUCUGCGUAUUAGGUGUAACAUUAACAGAUUCCAAUCCCAAUCCCCUUCACUUUUUUUUCUAACCCCCUCCUUCCAUGCCAGCCCACAGGUAGCAGUUCAGACGCGUACAAUAGAUGGAAGAAAGGGAGGGGGAUGACAGAACAGGAAUGACCUCAUGAUGACUUUAUAUAGUCUUGUUCCUUUUUUUGUAAUUGUUUUGUGAAACUGUAAUUCAAGUAUUUACCCUCCCAAAAUUUUCCACUGUAAAUGAUUUCAAGAGUGACUAUAACAAUUUAUUUUAGCAUUAUAAUCUAAAAGCUGCAGAAAGGCAGCUACACAAAGUGCUGGUGAUAGAGAAGUAUCAUAUUUUAGUGCUGAAAGGUGAAACUCAUCUAAAACCAUGGUAAAUAAGAUCAAUGAUUUAAUAAAAACAUUAUUUUAAAAGAAAACCCACUUUUUUGGGGGGGGAAUCAUAUUACAUGUUAGACUAAUAUUAAAUAUGGAUAUAAGCAUGUAAGUCCUAUUACUAAUCUUUAAGCUAAGUAGAUGCUUCUAUGAGAUCAAUUGAGUUAAAGGAGAAUUUGAUGAUUUCUGAAAUAUGAAAGUCCAUGCUCUAUCUCCAACAUAGGCAUUUCAUUUUCACCUGUUAAAAAUGGGGGGGGGGGUAGGAAAAUGCAGUGCACUGGCAUAUGUAUAAGCACUUGGCGCUCUUUGAUGUUGCAGUUGCAUCUGUAUAUAAAAUUACAACCUUUCACGAAGUAGUUCAGGUGUUUCCACCUUCGUCUAAUUUCUCAUUACCUACCACAACCUCUAGCACAUACCUCCUUCACAUAUCAUAUACACAAAAUGUUCCUGGCCAAUAAAGGUUAGGUGUUGAUUGUGUGAGAAAAAUGUAUGGAGCAGAGCAUCACGAUAGCUUACUGAGCUUGCAUGUCCUCAUUGGUGGCUACUAUGCAGUUCCCUAGAUUUUUAUUAGUUAGUUGUGGUUUGAUAUGCUGGUUAUCUAAUAGCUUUUCAAUGGAGCACUUCUGUAUAUUUAGAAAGGAAUAGCCACAUAUGAGUUAAUUCUUUUUAAAAACUAUUCUAAAAAUUUUUUUUACACAAAAAGUAAAGGUAAGAACAUUGCAAAUAUUAGCACAAUACCUUUGUUAACACCUUCAGUAGACCAACCAAAAAACAGCUCGUAUUAAAAUAUUUUGCAAGGUUUCAAGUUCUCCAGAACUCUUCAUCAGACUACUUGGUGAAAGAUGCAGUUGAGCAGGGGAGGGAGAAAAUUUGGCUGCUAUUGAAACCAUAGAGUGAGUUUCUUGUCAUAUUUUUAACAUGAAAUGGUCAAGGAAAUUGCAGAUACUUAAGUGAUAUGCAGGUAUCAGGGUUUUUAAAAAAGAGUUUUAGAGGUAUUGAUUCAUAAAGGUAGGUGAUGUUUUUGCAAGAUGUAUCUAUCUAAAUAAGUUGGUGAAUUUUAUCAGGGAUGUUGGUUUCAGUGGCCUUUAUUACCCUGUAAGUGAAAGAGCCAUAUCAAAAGUGGCAUAGUGCCAAUAACUGUAAUGCUUUCUGCUUAAGGUUUGGACCAGGGGUCAGCAAACUUUUUCAGCAGGGGACCAGUCCACUGUCCCUCAGACCUUGUGGGGGCCGAACUAUAUUUUUUUGGGGGGAAAUGAACGAAUUCCUAUGCCCCACAAAUAAACCAGAGAUGCAUUUUAAAUAAAAGGACACAUUCUACUCAUGUAGAAACAUGCUGAUUCCCGGGCCAUCCGCAGGCCGGAUUUAGAAGGUGAUUGGGCCGUAUCUGGCCCCCGAGCCUUAGUUUGCCUACCCAUGGUUUGGACCCUUGCUAAAUUCUUGUUUGCUUCCUCACUGUGACCUUGCUUUGUUCCCUGUUUUGUGAGAGCAGAGUACUGGGGAAUUGUGCAAAAGUGAAAGUGUCCAUAGAACAAUAGGCAGUGUUUUUCAUUGGUUAUGCAAUGAGUAGGGAUUGAUUAUAUGAGAUUAAGGCUUGCACUUUCUCCGUUGCAUUUAUUUUGCAAGUUAUUUGGAAUUGGGCAAUUAAUGUAGUUGUGAUUAACUUUCAUUUAGCUGCUUUAGUUUUCCUCAUCUAAAUUGAGGUUGAAUCCCUUAUUCUGAGGCAGAUUCUAUGAAAUCUAAAAUUAAAUGCCAAUAUUAAAGAGUACUAAUUCUUACCCUUGCAUAGAACAAUAAGGCCAUCUUUAGAACAACAUCUGCUUCAGUUUCUCAAUAAAAAUGCUUUGAGGAGUAAACUGCAAUUUUAAUUUCACACACUUUCCCACAUUAGUAAUUGUGAGGAAAUAUUUGUGCAAAUUAAGGACAGCAGCAAUAGUAGGUACUACAUACACAUCAAAAUUGAUAUCAACAUUUAGGUUGAGAUAGAUAUGUCUUAUCGAGCAACUAUGUAAAAUAAUGAUGUCAAAUAUAUGUUUGUGUGACUUGUGUGUGUUUUUCUUUAAGGUUUUUGGAUUCAAAACAUAAAAACCAUUACAAGAUAUACAAUCUGUAAGUAUACUUCUUAAAUAUACUGACCCAAAUAUUUCUAACAGAGGAAGUUAAGUUCCUUUUUAUUUGAGAGGUAGAUCUCAAAGAUAUUCAACAGACUUAAACAUUAAAAAAUGCUGAAUGUAAGCAUUGUGAACUUAUUUUGUAAGGGUGGUGGUAUGGUGCAGUUUAAUGUUACUUGGGCUGUUUUAAAUAACAUGGUAGAAUGUCUACCUUGCAGCUUGUAACCUUAUGAUAAAGUGAAAUUAUUCAGGCAGCUUUUGUUGAUUUGAUGACAUCGUCACAUUGAAGCAAAAUUGUUAUGUGUUUCAUUAAACUUUUUGUGGAAAGCCUUAGUUUGCUAUUCUCAGGCUACAUUUUAUAUAUUGAAUUCUUUCAGAUUUUGCUAUAUAGUUAAAUUUCAUGUCAAGGAUCCUAGGGCUUAUAGUAAACUAGAAAGAAACAGAUGUAUGAGUAACAUUUUUAUCAAUUGAAAUUAUAUAUAUAUAUAUAUAUAAACAUUGUAUAAGAAUGACUACAUCCACACAUGAUACUUAUGUUCCAAAUUUGAUUUUUAAUCAACUGAACAGUUGAUUUUUUAAAAUCCAGAACAGUUUACCAUUUCUAAAAAGUUAUAAUGUUUUUCAAGCUGUUAAAUGUUUAGGAUUUUUAAUACAGUGGUGCCCCGCAAGACAAAUGCCUCGCAAGACGAAAAACCCGCUAGACGAAAGGGUUUUCCGUUUUUCGAUGCGCUUCGCAAGACGAAUUUCCCUAUGGGCUUGCUUCGCAAAACGAAAAAGUCUUGCGAGUCUUGUGAUUUUUUUCGCUUUCCCCCCCCUUUUUCUAAGCCGCUAUAGCCUUUAUAGCACUAGCCGCUAAACCGCUAAUAGCGCUAAUCCGCUAAGCCGCUAAUAGGGUUGCUUCGCAAGACAAAAAACCGCUAGACUCGUCUUGCGAGGCACCACUGUAAAAGAAAUGAUGUAACAUUUCUUGAUGUAACAGCUAGAGCAAAGAAAACCGAUAAAAAGAGCAGCUGCCAUCAGUUGCCCAUUAAAAACAACAACAUAAAUUUACAUUCAUAUGGGAGAAAGUGAUCCCUGAAGUACCUAAGGUCAAAAUGAUUUGAAUUGUGCCUGGGAACUCAGUAGGACCCAAUAAAACUUUUUCAACCCAGAUGUAAUAUGAUCAGACCAACAUGUCUCAGUCUUGUUCUAAUAGUGUCAAGUGGUUUCCAUUGAAACAGCUGGUAAAAUAGAGGGGGAAAGCUCAGUUUUAGCAGCAGUUUCAAUGCAAACCACUCGGUGCUACAGGAGCAGCAAAGCUGCUUAUGCUGCAUUUCUCAGGUGCCUGACAAACAGCUGGCUGUCAGGCACUUGAGAAGUACUAUCCAGCUACAUUAUGUGGGCAUGACAACCUACCUGUCACCCAUCUUUUGUCAUAAUGAGAUCAGAUUGACAGGUUGAUUGUCAUGCCCCUCCGUCAAAGUUAGCUGGCAGUUUGGGGUUAGCUAAAGAGCUGGCCCAUUGGGCCAAAAAGGUUUUCCACCCUAUGUUACAGGAAUAAGCCUACACAAGCCUCAGACUUGUACUGUUCCUGUCUGUCUUCCUAGUUUGUGCAUGUACAGAGAAAAUUGAAAGCUUUCCCUCUAGAACUAAUCACAGUGACAUCCAAAUUCUGCAAAAUGAUUGGUUUUAACUAAGAAUAUCAGUGGCAAAGCUUUCUUCCUUUUUUGUGUUACAGGUUCAAGUCUGUAAUAUCUGUUACUUCUCCAGAAUGUUACUCAUUAAUAGUAAUUCAAUUUGGUGGAAUAAUCUGCUUGGUAUUUUGAUUUGCUUAGCUUCUUUUUGUUUUAACUUCACCUAUUUCUACUGGCUUUAAAUGUUUUACCUAUGUGGUACUUAGGACUGUCACUUGGAUACUGUACAUGGUGAACUUUUAAAUACCUUUUUAAAAACUCCAUGGUAGAUUCAAAAUGUUGCAUUUCAUAGGCUUCCUUAAAUGUAAUAUAUACAAUUUGCAAUGGAAGCAUUUUUUACAACUCCAACCAUAUUAGCUUUAGAAGAAAUUGCACACUUUUCAGUAACUGGCUUCAUGACAGCUGUGGUAUUGAUCUAGCACAGGGAUCAGCAACCCAGUAGGUGUCCCAGACUCAGAGCUUUCAUUUUUUUUUUAAAAGUCUAGCCCUCCUAGAGGAAAAAUUGUGGAGCAAAAUGUGCAGGUAUCUUUAAAGUAAUUAGUGUGGCUACCUCACCCCUCCCCCCGGUAGUGAGAAAUGCUCCCUGUUACUAAACAGCAACAGCAUCUCUCUCUUUCUCUGUGUAUGUGGUCUCCAGAAUCAGGAAUCGGGACCAGCAGCAUAUAGCUGACUUCCCGUGAUGAGCAUGUCAGGGGUGGUGUUGUCUCUCUAAUGGGUUAUGCGAUGCUCCUUCCAUGACUGCCAUAAUUGGUGCUCCCAGCACUCUCAAAAAUGUGCCUUUCACCAGGGCAGAUUUCAAUCUAAAAUUCAGAAAUGGCCAGUUGAGAAUGUUACCAUUAUAAAGCAGUUUACCAGCAGCCUGUUGAUUGCGGUUGGAGGACGGAAUACAGCAUUUAGUUUUUGGGGACCAAAUAUAUACAUUGGGUUUUGUAAACCUAUGGGGUACUAUUAAAUUCACAGUACCAUCUGAAGUGAUCUUAAGGAAAUUGAAAAAGUUGUCUAGAAAGUAUUGUUUUUACCCUCUAUGCUCCUCUUUUACAAGAAAUUUAAAGAACUAGUUUUGUGCUAAGUAUCUGUAGACAUAAUGAGUACCUAAUACAUAGCAGUCUGCAGGGUCACAUAGACCCACAGGAACAUCUGUGUAUGGUUUUCAGUUUUCUCAGUCAUUCCAGUAGGGAUAGAAUUGAUCCCCAAAACUGUAGGAAAGAAAAAAAGGAACAUUUCACUAAAUAAAGGAGUCUUCUAAAAUGUCAUAUGGCAAUAUAAUAGAAAGGGAACCUCUAUCUAAAUCUGUCUUCAUAACAACUUUUUGAAGUAGGCUUAUUAGGCCAGGAGUUGGUGGACUGACAGAGCGUGAAGGUCACCCAUUGAGCUUCAUGAGAGCAUGGAAAUGUGGAUUUGGUUCUCUCCGAUCCAGGUCUGAUGCCUCACUGUUACAGACUCACCCUCCCUUCCAUAUCUGUGGACUUACAUGCACCACAUAUUUAUUUAUAUGGCUUGAAGAACAUCUGAAACUUCUGGCUAAACAUAUAUAUUAAGCUUAAUGGAAGUGUUGUUUCUAAUAUGGAUAUAGUAUUAGUUAAAAAUGUAUUUGAAAAUGAUAAAUUUUCUCCCUGGUAAGUAGUUUUGUUGAACUUGUAGUUAAUGUAUUGCAACUUUUAUUUCAGAUGUGCUGAAAGACAUUAUGACACCGCCAAAUUUAACUGCAGAGGUAUGCCUGUUCUUUCAUAUUAUUUCUCCUAAACCAAGAAGCAAAAUGGAUUGCAAGUGAUUAGAGAGGAAUGUUGCUAAUAUAGCAAGCCACAGAUUUCCUAUUAGUUUGAUAUCCAGUAAUUUCUGUGUUGGCCCCAGACAGUAAAUAAUGAUUAGGAAAGGAAUUUAUCUUUUCAGUGAAUCAUUUUUUCCUGUUCUAUAUCAUUCAAAAUUUAUUUGGAAGAGACUUGUACUUGGCAAGGACUGGCAUUCCUAUGUAUGGAUACUAAGUGCAAUGUCUGUCAUUUGCAUAAAGCACUGUGUUUUCUCAGGUGUCAGUCACCUGAUGUCAUUAUGACAUCGAACGAUUACUUGUGGGUCCUGCCCACCUGUCAAGUUGAUCCGCGGAAUGGAGGAAGAUAAAAAUCUGGCAUACCCAGCCAAAAAGGAGCCCCACCCCACCCUGUGUUAAACGGUAGUGAAGACUUUUUGGAUAUAACAGUAUGGCUAUAACAGGCUGCUCUACAUACUGCAGUCUCUUUAUAAAUUUUUGAUAAUAUAAAUUACUGAUUUUUAGUUUGCUCUGUUUCAUUCCACGACUAAAUUAUGACACACCAAACUCUGUGUAGGCCAUGAACAGCAUAUAUUAGCCCACGUGUGACUUAAUUUUUUGCUGCCUUACUGGGAUUUCCAAACACUUGGCAGGUCAUAAUAAAUGCCUGAUGGGCUGCAUUUGCCAUGGUAUGUGACAAAUUGCACAAGCCUGUAAUAGAUGACUGCUUAUGUAAUUUGUAUACUGUAAAUCCUAUAAUGAUUAAAAUAUCUAAUAUUGAUAUGUUAGAUUUAACAGUAAUCUGACUCUUGACUAAUCAGUACACUCUGUUUUAUAGUUGCACAGUAUCCUUUUGAAGACCAUAAUCCGCCGCAGCUGGAGCUUAUCAAACCUUUUUGUGAAGAUCUUGACCAAUGGCUUAGUGAAGAUGGCAGUCAUGUUGCAGCAAUCCACUGUAAAGCUGGAAAGGGACGAACUGGUGUAAUGAUUUGUGCAUAUUUGUUACAUCGAGGAAGAUUUCAGAAGGCACAAGAAGCCCUAGAUUUCUAUGGGGAAGUAAGGACCAGAGAUAAAAAGGUAAGAAACUUGAUUUUACUACAUAUUCAUUAUGCCUUUAUUUGUAAAUCAGUUGUGUAGGAUAUCUUGAAACUGGUGGGUGGUUUUUUUGUUUGUUUGCUUUUUUGACAUGCUUAUGUUUAUGCCAUGAAUGUACAGUAAUUCUAAAAAUGGUACCAUUUUUAAAGAUUUUUUUCUUCCACAAAUGUAGUCAGCAAUCUUUGCCAAUAAAAAAAUAAAUGUUUUAGCUUCUACCUCCACCACAAUAGUGCAUAGUAUGAAGAAUGCAAAAAACUAACUGACUUAGACUUGUAUCCUGCUGUGUCCUAGGCACUUAGCGAUUUACCCAAAAGCACAGAUACUUAUUCCUUAAGAUCCACAACAUAGGCACCUGUGUAAUUAGAAGAAUAAUUGGGAAGUAAAAAGUCCUCCAACUCUGCUUUAGCUUGUUUGUAUUCUAGGUCUCCAAAGCUUAAAAGUUCCCAUUUUCUAAACUGGAGAUGGAGUACUUGUUGGUCUCCUGAUGUUGUUUGACUCCCAACUCUCAUUGGCCCUAGCUGUUGGUGAAGGAUGAUGGGAGUUGUAGUCAGACAACAUCUUGGAGGGACACAGGUUUCCUGCACCUAAAAGUUCCACAUUCCUCUCUAAUGAUGAUCAAAAAGGGAAAAUAUACAUUAUUGAGUUAGCACUAGGGCACCACCAGUUGGGUGUUUUCACUUGCUUGAAGAAGCAGAAAAUGAAGCUCCAAACAGUAUAAUUUUGCUGAUGCAGCUGUUGAGGACAGGCUGGGUCCAAUUGGAAAGCAAGACACAGCACCAUGUCUGCCCUGCCUCAUUGGUUAAUUAUAUCUAGGGUUGUCAUUUACCUAAAUGCAUCUUAGUUGAUUUAUUCUACGAGUUCUAAUUGAUAAAAUCUAGAUCUGAAGAAGAAAGCAAACUUUCCAUUGAUUUUAAAUUAAGUGUACUUGUGUCAUAUGUGUGUGCUUGUGUCUUAGUAUGCACUAUCUCAGAAGGGUAAUUUCUUCCCACAAGAGAGAGGAGGAAUACAUGCCUCUUUGUAGAAGGCAACUGACACCCAUACUUUUAUAGGUACUUACAUUCCAAAUGCUUAAAUUUUCAAAAUAACAGCUACCCAAUUUUUACACAGAACACUCAAUCAAAAUAUCUUAUUUGGCUAAAUGUUGCAUUCCUAUUUGUAACAGUUUGUAAUGCCAUUAUUUCAAAUCCCCACUGUAUGCUUGCACAGUAUUUUAAAAGAGAUAGAGUGUUCUCAGUUGCAUUCAACUAACUUCAAAUUGCCUUUCACUAACCUUUGCCAACUGUUUGUUAGAAAUGCUACAGGGAGAGACUGGGGGAGAGGAAACUCAGUCUUAGGUAUGGGCAAAAUAAAAUAAUUCCUUCCAGUAGCACUUUAGAGACCAACUAAGUUUGUUAUUGGUAUGAGCUUUCAUGUGCAUGCACACUUCUUCAGAUACUUCUUCAGAUACCUCCAGAUACCUCCAGAUAGUUGGUCUCUAAGGUGCUACUGGAAGGAAUUUAUUUAUUUUUAUCUUUUAUUUUCCCCCGACUACGGCAGACCAACAUGGCUACCUACCUGUAAUUAGGUAUGGCUAGUCAUAGGCAGUCAUGGGCAGGAAUUCCGUUCCAAGAUGGCGGCGCGUUCAUACGCUGCGGCUCUGAGCCCCCAAUACCUCACCUACUCACGCACAAAACUGGUAAACAUCGGGCUCACAAGAAAAAUAGAGAUAACUAGAGAGUUUCAAAGGUCCCACUGUAUACCAAACUGCAUAGUAAGACCUCCAGGAUCUCUAUGGAUUGUUGAUGGGAGGGGGAAGUGCCGAAAGAAGCGAAAGAGAAAAGAGCGAAAGCAAAAACGUGGUUGCAGAGUUGGUCUGUUAACCCGGCUUUGAAAAAGACCCACGAGGCCAGCACUGCCAAGCGUCUUCCUGACCAACAACAGAUCUCUCGUCCACAAAAUUGACAAACUACAGCUGCUGAUGGCAGCAAACAAGCUUCUUUGUGAGAGCUGUGUGGUAAUUAUUACAGAAACUUGGCUACAUUCAGCAGUACCGGAUGCGGCAGUUGAGCUGAUAAAUCAAAUAAUUUAUCGCUCUGAUAGAAAUAGUGAUUCUGGUAAAGCUAGGGGCGGAGGAGUCUGUAUUUACAUACACAAUGGUUGGUGUGUUAAUAGCAAAGUAGCUUACAAGUAUUGCUCCCCAGAUCUAGAAUUGAUGGCAGUUACAUGUCGUCCAUUUUAUUUGCCUAGAGAAGUAACUGUCAUAAUUAUUAUAGCUGUUUAUAUUCCAUCCGAUGCUAAUGUCAGUGCGGCACUUUCUAAGCUAUAUGACGUCAUCUCUGAGCAGCAGCAUAUCCACCCAAAGGGCGCUGUUGUUGUGGCAGGGGACUUCAAUCAAGCCUGCCUAAAGACGGUUUUUCCUAAGUUUGAACAGUUUGUGAAAUUUCCCACUAGAGGACAGAAUAUUCUAGAUCUCGCGUAUUCCAAUUUGAAACAGGCAUACAGGGCGAUGCCCUUCCCCCAAAUAGGCUCAUCCGACCAUUCUUCAGUUUUUCUAUGUCCGAAGUACAUCCCUCUCAGGAGAAGAAUUCAGUCAGUUAUAAAAACAGUUAGAAUUUGGCCAGAGGGUGCUCUUAGUCAGCUCCAGGAUUGUUUUGAGAGCACUGAUUGGCAUGUGUUUGAACAUCAAGAUCUGCAUAGAUACACAGAUGCUAUACUCUCCUAUAUUAAAGUGUGCAUCUAACAUCGCAGAGAUGCAUUAGACUGUAUGGGAACUGUAAACCAUGGAUGACUGCUGAAGUAAGAGGACUCCUGAAAAUCCGGGAUUCUGCCUUUAAGACAGGGAAUAUAGACAUAUACAGAGAGGUGAGAAUAAAUCUCAAAAAAGGCAUUAAGGCAGAAAAACAACAGUAUAAGCUUAAGGUGGAAAAUUACUUAGCUGAUAACAUCAUGAAACAAGUGUGGCAACGACUGCGGAACCUAACCAACUACAAGGGCAAUACAAGGGAACAUGGUUAAGACUGAUGUCUCAUUGGCAGAGGAACUGAACACCUUCUUUGCUCAGGGUGCGGUUGGUUGGGUUUUAUCUUCUAGGGAUAAUUACCCUAUCAAACUUUCACCUCUUCCCCAUACCAUUCUGACCCAAGAGUCCUGGCCCAGAGAUGAGAUGACUUGUUAUUGAGGAGAUCUUACCCCUCUAUUGGGGAGGCUAGUAUGGGGUCUGGGACUCCCACUAUUGAAGGGCUAGGGAAGAAUGGCGGUGGGGCUAAAUAUCACUAUAUUUUGAGAUGCAGUGAUGCUCAAACCCCUUCCAAUCUACGCCCCCCCCUUCCCAAAGGACAAGGGUAGGGCGAGCAGGGAUUACCAGCCUCCGUCAUUGGUGUUGUGCAAUUGAAGGGGCUGGAGGCCCCUCGACUGUCUUCGGGUCCAGUGUUAGAACAUUUCGAUUGGAUACUCCCUGCUGAUGUGGAUAGACUCCUCCAAGUUGGUAGGCCCACCGCCUGCCUCCUCGAUCCGUGCCCGUCUUGGCUGAUUAGAGCGUGCCCAAAUAUCGCGGGGACCCCCCUAGUUGAAAUUAUCAAUUUGUCCCUUGACACAGGGAUAUUCCCAGGGGAGCUGAAGGAAGCAAUGGUGUGUCCGCUCUUAAAGAAAACUUCACUAGAUCCUUUAGAUCUAUCCAAUUAUCGCCCAGUUUCAAAUCUCCCAUAUCUGGGUAAGGUAAUUGAGAGAGCAGUUGCUGAACAGCUCAGUUGGUUUCUGGACGAAACAUCGGCUUUAGAUCCAUUUCAGUCCGGAUUCCGUCCUGGUUUUGGGACCAAGACGGUUCUGGUCGCCCUAACAGAUGAUCUCCGCAGACAACUGGAUCGAGGUGGGUCAGGACUGCUGAUUCUUUUAGAUUUGUCAGCAGCCUUUGACAUGGUCGAUCAUGAUCUUUUGGACCACCGCCUCGCCGAUGUGGGGAUACAGGCAUAGUCCAUAAAUGGCUGUGCUCUUUUAUAUCUGGUCGGGGACAGAGGGUGGCACUGGGGAGGGAGUUGUCGCACCACCCCUUGGUGUGUGGAGUGCGGCAGGGCGCAAUCCUCUCCCCGAUGGUUUUUAACAUCUUUAUGCGCCCCCUUGCCCAGAUUAUCCGGAGCUUUGGGCUGGGUUGUCACCAGUAUGCUGAUGACACUCAGCUCUAUCUGCUGAUGGAUGGCCAUACUGACUCGAUCCCUGACACACUGACCAGAUGUUUGGAAGCUGUGGCUGGAUGGUUUCGUGGGAGCAGAUUGAAACUAAAUCCUUCGAAGACAGAGGUCCUCUGGCUGGGUCGGGAUAGUAUGGGGAUGAGGGACCAACUCCCUUCUCUUGCGGGGUUCCAAUUAGUGCCACUGCCUUCCGUUAAGAGUUUGGGUGUAAUCCUUGACGUCUCCCUUUCCAUGGAGGCGCAGGUUACAACAACAGCCAAGGCGACAUUUUUCCACCUUCGCCGCAUCAAGCAGUUGGUCCCUUACCUUUCCCGCCCCGACCUGGCCACAGUGAUCCAUGCAACUGUCACCUCCAGGCUUGACUACUGUAAUUCGCUCUACUCGGAGCUGCCCUUGAAGCUGUCCCAGAAACUCCAGCGGUUGCAGAAUACUGCAGCGAGACUCCUCACAGGGUCUCUGCCAUGGGAACAUAUUCACCCAGUGCUUUUCCAGCUGCAUUGGCUCCCAGUGGAGUACAGGGUCAGGUGUAAGGUGCUGGUUUUGACUUUUAAAGCCCUUCACGGCCUAGGACCCUCGUACCUACGGGAUCGUCUCUCCUGGUAUGCCCCACGGAGGACCUUAAGGUCCAUAUAUAGCAACACCUUAGAGGUCCCGGGCCCUAUGGAAGUUAGAUUAGCCUCAACCAGAGCCAGGGCCUUCUCAACACUGGCUCUGGCCUGGUGGAACACUCUGUCUCUUGAGACCAGGGCCCUGCGGGAUCUGAUCUCUUUCCACAAGGCCUGUAAGACAGAGUUGUUCCACCUGGCCUUUGGCUCAGAAUCAGUUUGAUUCCCUUCCCCUUUUUCUUUUUCCUUUCUCCUCCUAUGAUGAGAUUGCUUCCUAAUUGUUUUAAUAUUGUAUCUUAAUCUUUUAAAUUGUAUUUUAAUCAACUUGUUUUUAUUAUUGGUUGUUAGCCGCCCUGAGCCCGGUCUUGGCUGGGGAGGGCGGAGUAUAAAUAAAAAAUUAUUAUUAUUAUUAUAGCAUCUACACAAGUUUUGCCAAAAGAAGGUAGGUCUUCCGUUCACAGAUGCCGAGCCUCUUCUUCCUUCCAACAGCAGCUCAAAUGGUCAAAUGGAGUGUAAUAUAAUUGGUAUAUGAUUACUUAUUUCAGAAUAUGAAUUUGAGCAUGAAGCAUGAGAAAUAAAGUAGUUGUGGUGCCCAUUGGGACUGGUAGGACAGAAGCCUCGCAGUCCCCACAGUAGGUGGAGCCAGAGCCAAUGAAGGGCAGAGCCAACUAAUUCUUCCCCACCCUCCUCCCAGCUGUGUUCUAGAAGGGCAACACUGAGAGUAAGGAGGAGGAAACUGACAGGCAGGGCCACCUUUCUGAUUGGAGGCAAGUAAGCAGGUAGGCAGGACCAGGAUAGGACCAUUAGCUCUAAUAGACCAGUCUCCACUAGAGAAAUAUAUAAAAAAAAAUUACAGAUUUGACUACAAUAAUUUUAAGGGUGUUUUGACAUUCUACCUUUUUAAAUUGUUACCCUAUAGGUUCUGUCAUACUAUAUUUUAAUCCAAAUACUAAUUGGCUUUGUGCAGUCCUAUAUGUAGGAAUACACCUGUACAGAUUGCCAUUGGAACCUAAAAAGCUCUCGGAAAUUAGGAGCAUUGCCUACCAAUAAUGCAGUAAACUCACUCCCUCAUGGGGAUCGGAGGCUGUGAUUUCCGCUUUAGUUUCUUCCUGACCACACAGGAAAUAGCAUCAGAAAGGGACCUCUCUUUGGGAGCUCUGUAAGUCUGUUGUGGUGUUUGAAUCUCUUAGUUCACCUUUUCAUCAACAUAGUGGCUUUCAUCUUGCUUCUGUAAUAAUUGAAACCUUACUUUAGAAAUUAUGUAUUUUUUAUUAAUUGUUUUCAUCGUUUAUACCCUGCCAUUUAGCCAGAAGGGCUCUCAAAGCAACUUACAAAAUCAGUUCUAAGACAUGCUGCAAAUGCAUGUAAAUUCUCAGAGUCAUUUACAUGGCAUCUGCUUGGGAGAGAAUCCUGUUGUUGACACAAGUAAGAAUGGUGAAACUCACCCAGAAAGCUUAACGUUUAUUGGACAAAUGCUUUUAGGCUAUCAUGUGGUCGCACUUUCUUUGUGUUCAACACCCUCUCGCAUUCUCUUCUGACGGACACUCAUUCUGUGUUGUUCAUGCAAGCUAUAGGGUCCACUUCUUCAAAGACUUUUCAUCUGUCCUCUAAGUUGUCAUGCAAGCCUUCCACUUUUAAGAUGAUUAGCUUUAAAUUUUUGGCAUUGAGAUAUUUUACUUUUUAUAUCUUGGCAUUGAGAUAUUUUUUUUCUAGAUCUGAAGCUAUAGAAUCUUCCUUCUUUGUUAUUUCUAAUUCCAUGGCCGCUAAAUCUCCCUUGAUAGCAAAUACAAGGUUACUUUCAAAUGCUUAUGAUUUGGGAAAUGGCAUCUGGCUCUACAGUAGUUGGUUGCAUUGAGUUUGUAAUUUCUUCUUUGAAGAUAUAUCUCCUCGAAUAAAAACAACUUUAUUUCUGUCCUAUCAGGAAUUUAUGUUGGAAUUUAUGAUUCUCCUCCUCCACGUGUUAUCCUUAUGACUGAGACAUAGGCUGAUAGUGAGUAGCCCAAGGUCACCCAGGGAGCUUCAUAGUUGUGUGGUGAUUUUAACGCUGGUUUCCUACAUCCUAGUCCAUUUAUUAUCCUUCCAUGUUCUAGAAAGGCAAAGAAGUGAAUACAUUGGGGUGGGGAUUAUAUUAUCAGUAGGGCUGAAAGUUUAGGGUGUGACCUUUUUUAGCAGUUUGGCACCUUUAAACAGUUUAGGCUCUGGUCCUGUCUGGGAGCCAUCCCCAUGAAAUUUAGUCGGUUUACUUCUGAGCAAUGUAUGGUUAUUGUGACAUUAACACACACUCAAAAUUGUGACAGCAGGCAUCCCUUCUAAAUGAAGAUUGGACACUUUUCAGUUUGGCUAGGCACUAAGUACCAUAUGUAACUGCAAUGCUUUAGUGUCCACACCUUUGCAAGAGAGCAUGGGAUAAAACCAAAUGGCCCUGCCCAUGUGACCUUAUUGGCGUCACCUACAUCACCUCUUUGGUCAUGUUAUGUAACCAUUGCAGUUAAGCACUUCUCUUUCAAGUCCAUUAUUUUCAAUACACCUCUCACUUCUUAUUUCUCCACCUUUCAUGUUUGGUGGAGGGGAGUGUGGAUAUACUUAUUAAUGCUUGAAAACUUUCCACCCACAAGGUUUGCUUAUCUAGGUGCAAACUGCUCUUUCUCUCUGGAUUUCUUGAUUAUUUUCCUCCUAGGGUGCCUCUAUGUAUAGUACUUAGUAGUGAAUCAUCUUGAUCUUUGAUCAAAGUACAUGCACUGGCAGGUUGGGCUUCCCAUUUGCCUCUGGACAAGAUGCUGUGGUUGAUAUGCCAUAGUGAAAAACUUCCUUGUCAUAUUUAAUUUGAGUACCACACCUGGAGUUUGCUCUUCCAUCAGUCAUAAGUAAACUCUUGGAACCUAUGGUUAAGAUAGGGUACAAAUUGUGACCCUACAAUAUUGUUGCUUUGGCACUUACUUCAGCCAGUCAUAUUAGUGAAUUUUCAGCUUUGUAUGUUAACUCGUAAAGGUAAAGGGACCCCUGACCAUUAGGUCCAGUCAUGACUGACUCUGGGGUUGCAGCGCUCAUCUCGCUUUAUUGGUCGAGGGAGCCGGCAUACAGCUUCCGGGUCAUGUGGCCAGCAUGACUAAACCGCUUCUGGCGAACCAGAGCAGCGCACGGAAACGCCAUUUACCUUCCCGCCAGAGUGGUACCUAAUUAUCUACUUGCGCUUUGACGUGCUUUCGAACUGCUAGGUUGGGAUGAGCAGGGACCGAGCAACGGAUUUGAACCGCCGACCUUCUGAUCAGCAAGUCGUAGCCUCUGUGGUUUAACCCACAGUGCCACCUGCAUCCCAUGUUAACUCUUACCUGCUUUUAAUCCACUAAUUCCAUGAUUUCCAGCAACAGUUACUCACAACAUUUUUCUUCCUCUAAGGUUUCUGGGGAAGAACAUGCUGUUGUGCUUGAACUUGCAGAAAGUUUUAGCCAUCAGUAUUGAUAGAAUCAGAUCCUCCCUUAAAUUUCACUCCCUCUUUAUUUCUUAUGGCAAUGGCAAAACUUAACACAUUUGAUUGUAAAUACCGUAGAGUUUGGAAACUAGCAUAUGUUCCUGCAUAGGGAUAUCAGCUCAAUUUUAACAUCCAAAACUGCUUGUGCCACUAACAUGCCUAAUUGCUUAUAUCUGAAAUAUCUUUCUACUUGUUAUUAUCUUUACUGGUUGAUCAGCUUUAUUUGGUUCUAGACAACAUUUUUGCAUCUUGAUAGACCUGCCUGUACUGUAUCUGAUCAGUACAGAGGUAGUUGUAAGCAUCUUUGAAGUUUGGGUGCUGCAGUACUUUGUUCUUAGAGUAUAGAACUUGCAUGGUUGCUUCUUGUAUCAAUUCGGUAUUAGUUGGACAUGGUUACUAUCCAUUAGCAAGUUGAGAGACCUAGGCUGGUAGGGCAUGGUCUGGUGUGUGAAAUAGCAGUGCUUGAUCGUCAUAGUAUAUCAAUCUUUAUAGAGCUGCUGAGAGGUGGAAAAGCAGUAACCCUAUUCAGAUUCACCUUGAAAAAUAUGAGGCAUCAUGGUGCUAGUGUUCUUGUACAAAGUCUUACAUUAAUUGCACUAGCAUUAUAAAAUCCAAGGAGCCGUAUUUAAUUACCCAUGAUCUCUGAGCAAGCAAGGGCUUCAGGAGGUAACUGGAGUUCUUUAACUUUCUCUUCUUCCAUAGCAUUGCAGCCUAUGAAGAAUACGGGCUUCUCCACUGCAAUAUAUUUCAGAGGAUAACAGGGUUAAUCCUCCAAGCUACCUUUCUUAAUAGGAUGCAUACCUGGAAGCUCUUUAAUUCUCUCUACCUUCCCAUCCCCUGGUAGCUCUGAACUUGGCAACUAUUUCUUUUCACAUGGGGUCCAGUAACAUUUUUAUGCUUUCACUUAGGUCCCUGUUCUCUGUAGUGCUAGUUCAAUACAUUUCCUGUUGAUCUUGCUCAUGGGAGGGGAGGGGGGGAAUAGGAUAUGUAUGUAUUUGGUAUUGUGACAUAAGGAAUUUAUUGUAAAUACAGUGUUUUGCUUGGAGCCUUGAGGUUUUUGCAGAAUUGAGCUGCUUUUUAAAGCGCCUAAAAAGGUUCAGAAUUAAUCUUGCUUUAGUAGGCUGAACAUCAAAACAAAUGGAAAAUCUCUGAAUGUUACAGGUAUCAAUAUUUUUCUCUUCAUUUGGAAUGCAGAAUUGAGGGUACCUUGCUGGAGUUGGAUUGUGUAUAUACCCUCAGAAGUGGAUGAUUAAGUCAGUGUUAUCAGAGUUGAGUUGUCAUUUUCAGUACAUUAAUGUACUGCUAUUUAGUGGUUUUCUACAGGUGAUAUCCCUGGUUCAACAUUCUGGCUUGAGGUUUUUUUUUGUCUGAAGUUUUAGUGUUGCAUUUAUGUUUGGGGACAACAACAAUGACUUACAGCUUGAAAAAGAAAUCAGUUACAUGUGAAGAAGAAUCUGGAGGAUAGAAAUGUUACAAACUGUGAAAGUUAAUGAGAGAAAUUUUCCAGUGAUUUUUGUUUCAUUUGGAUGCAGUUUGGCAAGAGUGAGUCUGAACACUUUACGUAACUAUACCUGAAUGUAUUGAUGCUCAGCACUGGUUAAGGUCAAAAUGAUUUUCUAAACGUUUAUUGAAUAUAUGUAAAAUAAUUCUUUACAGCUGAAAACGCUGGCAGCAUUAAGAUAAAUUCAACAGUGUAAAUAAGUCUUGAAGGAUGCAAUAAUGGAAUACUGAUUGGUAUAGUUUUUGUAAAAUAUGCAGGGAUUUAAGAUAUGUAAAAUGAACCGUGGAAAGAGAAGAACGGAAGUCACUGAUAUCUUAAGGAUUUAAAAUGAGUAUUUGAAAUUGUAAAACAGAAAAUUUAAUAAAAACAAACAACAUGAUUUUCUAGUUUCUAAUCUCAAUAAAUACCUUGUUUCAUUUUGGGCUGAAUAGAAUCAACAUUUGUUUUGAGUUGUACCAUGUAAAUGGCUUACAGUAUUGAACAAAUAUGGCAUAGAUUACGAGAACUACCCCUUGUUUAAAAUAAAUUGUUUUCAGUAUACCAAAAUAUUUUGUAUGUGCUGCAAAGUUCGGUCAUUAAUAUAUUUAGCUAUAUUCCAAACUUCUGAAAAAUGACUGGUGUGUUUAGAAACUGGAAAAGAACAUGUCUGUGAAUAGAAAAUUCUGGAAAAUAGUUACUUCAUUAUAGAAGAAAAAGCCUCCAUAGUUUACAAUGCAGAUGCUUUCAUGUGCAUGCAGAUCAAAGUAUAGUGCAGAAUGGAAAAAUAAUGUACAGUCCUGGUUUUGAAAACAGUUUUACGGUUCUCAGUAUUGGUUUGCAAAGGAAAAGGAUAGUGGUUAUACUAUAACUUUCAGCUCUCAUCAGAAUAUUCCAUCCUAUUCUCUGUGUGGAAUAUAUAUGAAUUUAGGCCUAUAUUCAGAUAAACUAUGACAACUCAGCUGUGAUUUCCAUGACUAAAACAGUUGACUGCACUUUUAUUUGUUUUAAGGACUGGUACUUAUUUCCAUACAAUAACAGGAGCAUGAUGACUAGUGAUAGUUGUGAUGUGUAGUCUGUUUUGAACAACUGAACUGGAACUUAAUCUUCUGUAUUAGUAUUAGUAUUUUUAUACAUGGUAAAGUAGAGAAAAGCAGAAGAUCAGUGGAGUCUAGUAGAAUAAAUUAGUGUUAUCUUGAUGCUUUCUGUGGAUACUUCCUGCUACCAUUUAAAAUAUCAGAACUACAGGGCCUGCUGAAAUUUCUCCUUCUGACCGUUUCUUCUUAUAUUUCUACUUCUUAUAAUGAACUACUUACGUAUUUUUGCAUGUAACUUUGCUGCAAUGGAAGACAGGACCUGGAUAAUCCACUAUUUAAUUAACCCCACCCAAUGGACUAGAAUGUGGUCUAAAUCUCCCUUUUAGUUCAUCUCAGCCAAAAGAAGGGAACUCACCCUGAAACUCACCUACAGGUGGUACUUAACACUAUGGAAACAGGCACUGAUAUGCCCAGGAACCUCACCAAAAUGUUGGAGAGAUUGCAGCUCCACAGGCACAUACCUCCACAUGUGGUGGGAACGCCCCCAAAUCCAACUCUUCUGGACAGCAGUCCUACAAGAAAUAUGCCAAAUAACUAAACCAGUUUUAGAACUCAACCCAGAACUGGCACCUUCCAAGACCAUAAUGACCACUCACAUUAUACAGAGCUUAUAACCCACCUACUCUCAGCAGCCAGAAGCCUCACAGCCAGACACUGGAGAGACCUGUCGGGGUGAACAUGGACCAGUGGUACCAAAUCAUAUGGGAAACAGCCUUGCUAGAAAAGCUAACCAAUAAACUGGAACUGACACGGGGACAAAUAGAAGAGGGCACCUUCACCCCGAUAUGGCUCCACUUCAUCACAUACAUAGCCCAGCAAGACAACAAGAACCCACCAACAGCAAUACAAAUCAACCUGGCUUACUUGACCCAGCAAGCCGCCCCCCCAUGCAAACACACCCCAUUGCAACUAAUCGCAGACCCUGGGCCUCCAAGGUCUCUCACUACCAAGGAAAAGUAACAAGUGAAUAGAAAGAUAACCUAUCUAGUUGAUGCUGACACAAAACCCCGCACGUAAACUGUAAAAAAAUAUAAAUUUCACCACCACCGCUCUUCUUCCUGACCUUAUACUGUUCUCAACACUAAUAUCUCAUAACAAAGGUAAAUGAUCUGUAGAAAAGACUGUACAACUUGUAAAAAGAGACAAGACACGUACUUUCGUAAACCAAGAAAAUCUUUAAUAAUAAUAAAAACUAACUAUUGUAGGCAACCAGUCUUUUAUGCAGCAUCAUGGAAGUGAGUGACAGAAUAUGGAAUUAAACUGUUAUAAAAGAAGAAGUUCAAGAAACAUUGAAUAUAUAUAGAAAACCAUUCCAAGAUUUAAUGGGAAAGCAUUUACUGAUAGCUGUUUUCUUUUCUUUUUGGUUACAUUUAAUUUUAUAACAUGCUACAGGCUUGCCAAUGUUUAAGUGCUCUCAUACUGUCUUUGAAGUGUACAUAUUAAGGAGCAUAGGAAUUAAUUGAGAGAUAAGAUUCAUAUUCAGAAAUCUAUGAAAGUCAAGUAACAAAGCGUGAAAAAUGGCAUACAUGAUUAGCAUUCUUGAUCUUAUAGAUAUUUAUUUAUUUAUUUAGGGAGUAACUAUUCCCAGUCAGAGGCGCUAUGUAUAUUACUAUAGCUACCUGUUAAAGAAUCAUCUGGAUUACAGACCAGUGGCCCUCCUGUUUCAUAAGAUGAUGUUUGAAACUAUUCCGAUGUUUAGUGGCGGCACUUGCAGUAAGUAUCUUUUCAAACAUUUUUACUGUGAGAGGUUGUCUUCUAAAAUUUGUAUUUACAUCUGUUCACUGUUGCUCUCAUUUCAUAACCACUUUAAUAUUGGCAGAGUUAGCCAUGUCUAUAGACGAAGGGUCAGAGUCAACUAGCCUGGUGCACAGUGGCAGCUAGUGUAAGGACUCAUACUAGCACAAUAGGGCUUUCCUCCUCUGUGCCCCCCACCUCCCUCAGAUUGUCUCUGGAGGGUCAGGAGACACCUAAAACAGGACAGGGGAGGCCAUUUGUCUGGCAAGUAAAAAUGCUUGUGUUGAUGGAACUAUCGUAUUAGUACAACGUUGAAUUCCAUUUUCUCUCUUCCCUCCCUGCCUGCUUAAGAAAUUGGCUGGAGUAUUCAUUUGUUCACCUAAAUGCUUCAUUACAUUUUUUUUCUGUUGCUUCUCCUUUCAAGUUUAGUUUGUAAUUCAGAAUGAAUUAUGAAAUUCCCACUCUACAUUCCAUGUAAGAGGCACGCAGCCUAAUCAUAUGCAUGUUUAAGCUGCUCGAAAAUAAGUACCAAUGAGUUGAAUAGAGCUUAUUCCCACAUAUGUAUGCAUAGGAUUGUUGUCUUGGUCAGCAAGCUUAUUUUGCUUUUGCUCAAAUUCUUGGACAGGCAAGGUAAGACCUUUCCAUACUAGCCUUUAGUUCAAGCCAUAAAUUCUCAUUACUGUAUUUUCUGGUUUUUUAAAAACUUAACAUCAUAUGAUAAUAUACAUAAUUGGUGAGUAGCUUUAGAGGUGAGAAGAUGGGUUCUCAAGAGAGAAGCUUGCAGCUGUUUUGUUACUCCCUGGUCCUUUUUGCUGCUGCACCAAGCCUGGAAUUGGCUUAUUCUGUCGUCUGACCCAUGGCUUAUAGUUAAACUCUGUCCUCAGUAAGCACAAGCUGUGUUAGAAUGGGAAAAGUAAUGAGCUCCCUCGCCACAUGGAUGCUUGGCAGCAAGAAUACCUAAUUUUUAAGAGAUUCAGUAUCUUUACACAUGUAAUUUGACAAUUUGACAAGAGCUUAAUUUGUUUCAACUCUAUUAUAUUAACUGUUUACAUUAAUUAAAACUUGUAUGUGAUCAAGUAUAUAGAACAAACUUUCUUCCCAGUUUAGAAAAGCAUAUCUGAUUCUUAACAAUACUUUGCUGCUAUGAGUCUGAAGUGAACAAACUAGUUUGGCCUUCACAUGGUCCCAGUAAGCCAUAGCUUUGCUUGCCAUUAUGCAAACCAGGCCAUUAUGUUAAAUCUGUGGUUCUGUUGAGUAGUUCUGUUCCUUGGUUGGCUAGACGUGUUCUAGCUAAUUCAGCUGAUUAAAUUGCCAGUCACUUGCGUUCUAGUUGAGGCUCACUGUAUAAACAUUCUUCUAUAGAAGGCUCUUAAGUAAUCCAGUGCUAGAUUGAUGUAUGUAUUGAAAAUGUCACUGUUCACAACAGACUUAACUUGGAAAUGGUUGACUGCGUAGUAUAACAACAUUCAUAUUGAUAGUCAUGACUCAAACACUUUAAAAAUACUUGCUUCAAGUAAGUGUCCUUCUAAUUCUGGACUUUAAAUUAAUUUUAAACUGCUUGGCUAUUUUUAUCAUGCAGAUCCUCACUUUGUGGUCUACCAACUUAAGGUAAAGAUAUUCACCUCCUCUUCAGGACCCCCAAGACGUGAAGACAAAUACAUGUACUUCGAAUUCCCUCAGCCAUUGCCAGUGUGUGGUGAUAUCAAGGUGGAAUUCUUCCAUAAGCAAAACAAGAUGUUGAAAAAGGUGUGUUUGUUUUAAUCUGAGAAAAUAUUGAUUCCAACCCCCCAACCCCCAAAUUACUUGCAGUUCAGUCUGCUAUUGGUGGCUUUAGGCAUUCUACCAAAGUGAUAAGGAAGGAGAUAUGACUCAUUUAUGCUUUUCUUGUCAUUGCUUCUGGAUAUUGUGUGAAAGGGGACAAUGUAUAUAUGCCAUCUGCCCACUUAGUAUUGUAUCAAAUGUUAUAGGAAGUCAGUGCAGAUGACUGAUUUCUGCUUUGUUUUCCAUGACUUUACCUUAGAGAUGUGGACUACCACAUCUGAAGUUUCCAAACCAUCAGUUGCUGAAGUCUUUAGCUUAUAUAUUCAUGAAUGGUGGUUGUUGAGCCCAAAUCAGAAAGAAUGGCAACUUGCUAAUUAGGUGGUUAAAUGUUUCUAAAUGCUUCAGUGGACCCACAAGUGCUUCAAGUCUGAGGGUCAAAUCGAAUAUUAUGGCAGGCUGCUGCUCACAUGUCUGCCCUACUUAUGUGUAAAGAAUUAGGGUAAGAUAGGUCUAAUCUUAGCAUAAAAGGGAACAUGUUGGUACAGUCUUAUCUUCUUUUGCUGUUAUCAUCUGAGCAACCUUUUGUGAAAAAUGAGAUUGCAGGGCUGAAGCCCAAACAUUGCAAGUGGUACCAGUAGUACUGGGCUUGUAAACUGGGGUUUCCCAGCCUUUUCCCACAGCUACAGUCCAUUCCCCUUGCCACAGAAAAGCUGUUCUUUGUAGUCAGGAUAUUGGCAUGAGAUAUUGCAAUUUUACAAGCUUCUCUGCAGUAAUCUCAAGAGGGACUUUGUUAAAAGUCUUACUGAAAUCAAGAUACACUACAUCUACAGUGUUCCCCUGAUCCACCUAGCUUGUAACUUUAUAAUUAUUAUUAUUAUUAAUAAUAAUAAUAAUAAUGAGAUUUGUCUGGCAUGACUUGUUUUUGAGAAACUGAUGCUGGGUCUUAGUAAUCACAGCAUCCUUUUCUAAGUGCUCACAGACUGACCAUUUAAUUAUUUGUACUACAACAUUUCCUAGUAUUGAUGUCAAGCUGACCGGUUGGUAGUUAGUUUUUCUAACUACCAGUCAGCAUUUCUUAACAGAAAUGAGCAAAAACAUUGAAACAUAAUUUCGUAGGACAAGGUUGGCUCAACUGUACCCAGUUUUUCAGCCUGUGCUAAUUGAGCUUCUUUGAACAAAAGUAACUUUUAUUGUUGAACUGGCUUCAGAUGUAUUGCAUUAACAGAAUGUGUUCUGGGAUGGAAGCAGCCCAGUUGCACUAGGUCAUUGGGAGCACUUUUGAACUGUGCUUUGGUACAGUCGUACCACCUGCAAAGGAAGCUUUCUUUGCUGCUGGUUUUUGCACGAUGAGAGUAUUUUUUAAAAAGAUGUUGCUAUAAUCGGCUUCAGCACAAAUAGAAUACAAUUUGCAUUUCUAGUAAGUUUCAUUCCUAUUUUUAGCAACCUCUUGUAUCCUAUAUACCAGAGUGUCCUCUGCCACUGUAAUAAUGAGAUAUAGUUGCAGCCAACAUCUUUCACCCAGAUCAUCAACAGUUAUCCAAAUCAGUAAUUCCUAAAUAAUUCUGGAAUCUAGUUAUGUUGGUCUGCCUUUAGAGAUUUGUGGACUUGCCUGGCUUUAUGCCCUGAAAGCACAGAUGAGUGUGCAUUUAAGACAUUAGAAGGUUAUGAUCCUGACUAUCACAAUGGUGUCUUAAUACACAUAACUACUUGGAAUGUAAUCUGCCCUCUUGCGUACAUGACUACCUUGUAUAUAUACAGGUGAAACUCGGAAAAUGAGAAUAUUGUGGAAAAGUUCAUUUAUUUCAGUAAUUCAACUUAAAAGGUGAAACUAAUAUAUGGGAUAGAUUCAUGACAUACAAAGCGAGAUAUGUCAAGCCUUUAUUUGUUAUAAUUGUGAUGUUUAUGGCAUACAGCUGAUGAAAACCCCAAAUUAACAAUCUCAGAAAAUUAGAAUAUUAAAUGAAAUCAGCCUGGACUUAAUGAAGCACAGUGGACCAACACCAGCUGAUGACAUGGCUCCCCAAAUCAACACAGACUGUGAAAACUUCACAUUGGACCUCAAGCAUCUGGCAUUGUGUGCCUCCCCAUUCUUCCUCCAGACUCUGGGUCCUUGGUUUCCAAAUGAGAUGCAAAAGCUGCUCUCAUCAGAAAAGAGAUUUAGGGAGCCAUGUCAUCUGCUGGUGUUGGUCCACUGUGCUUCAUUAAGUCCAGGGUCAACGUAGCCGUCUACCAGGAGAUUUUGGAGCACUUCGUGGUUCCUUCCGCAGACGAGCUUUAUGGGGAUGCUGAUUUCAUUUCCCAGCAGGACUUUGUCACCUGCCCACACUGCCAAAAGUAGCAAAACCUGGUUCAAUGCCCAUGGGAUUACUGUGCUUGAUUGGCCAGCAAACUCGCCUGACCUGAACCCCAUAGAAAAUCUAUGGGGCAUUGCCAAGAGAAAGAUGAGAGACAUGAGACCGAGCAAUGCAGAAGAGCUGAAGGCUGCUAUUGAAGCUUCCUGGUCUUCCAUAACACCUCAGCAGUGCCACAGGCUGAUAGCAUCCAUGCCACGCCACAUUGAGGCAGUAAUUGAUGCAAAAGGGGCCCAAACCAAGUACUGAGUACAUGUGCAUGCUUCUACUUCUCAGAGGUCCAGUAUUGCUCUAUUUGCAGUCCUUGUUUUGCUGAUUUCAUUUAAUAUUCUAAUUUUCUGAGAUUGUUAAUUUGGGGUUUUCAUCAGCUGUACGCCAUAAACAUCACAAUUAUAACAAAUAAAGGCUUGACAUAUCUCACUUUGCAUGUCAUGAAUCUAUCUCAUAUAUUAGUUUCACCUUUUAAGUUGAAUUACUGAAAUAAAUGAAUUUUUCCACAAUAUUCUAAUUUUCUGAGUUUCACCUGUAGAAAAGCAGUACAAAUGACUUCUAAAUCUUGCAGACACAAUUUAUUGAGCAGUUGUAGGUUGAGUAGGUGCUCGCUUUAGCAGCCUUUUCAUAGAAUCCCCAGACCAGCAAAGUAAAUAUAGAAGUGUAGAAUAAUUUCUGGUUUUUCUAUGAUCCUUUCAGUAUAGAACUAUGAAACAUCUGACUAAAACAAACAGCACAAACUUUUUUGGAGGGACGGGAUGGCAAUAGCUUUCUAGUGGAGUGUAAGGCAACAUCUUGUUCUUUAUCUUCUUUAACAUUACUGUAACAGCAAAGUUACUCCUUAUAGAAACAAUGUUUCUUUAAUAUGGCAACUUGUUAUGCUUUCCUUGCACUGAUGAAAAGCAGGUUGUCUCCUUUUUCAACUUAAAAGGCAGAAUAUACAUGUGAGAAAACGAACAGUUUCUUAUAGGAAGUAUAUCAUGGAAAACAUUUCUUGAAGGGAAUUUGACUGUAGCAAUGGAUAAUUUCAGUAUCCAUUAAUUUUAUUCCUCGGUUAAUGGGUACUUUCGUUUCUUACCAAUUGCAGCUACCACUAGCAGUGUCUAAUCUACCGUACAGACUUUCAUGGAUGUUUAACAUCAGUAGACACACAUAUCAGAGGUUGUGAAUGUUUUGUUUUGUACUAGGCCUGUUUUAAUUGUACUUGUACAGAGUGGUGGUACUUAGUUGACGUGAUCCUUAAUUGUUGGAAAGGCCUCUAAUGAAUUGUAUCUGAUGCUGCCACAUCUUGUAACCUCCAGGCCUGGAUUAUGAACCCUGGUUUAUAGUGCUCGCUUUUUAAUAAGAGGAUGAUCAUUACAGUCACUGCAUUCUUUUUUAGCUCAUGGUUGAAUAUGAGUGAGAGAAGAACUCAAAUCUUCCUCCUUCCCUUCCAACCGCCAUCCAUACCUUUUUCUGCACCUAUCCAUUCACUUGACGGUGGUGGCUGCUGCAGCAGUAGCAAAGGAAGAUCUAUCUCUUCCUGCUCCUCCAGUGACACUGGUGUCAUGCUGUACCAGUAAACUAUGUACCAGCACUUGUAUAAAGUGGAUAUACAGCUUACCUUCUGCUGGAAAAAUGAGGGAAGCUGAGGAUGAUGUGACCUCAUCACAACCUCAAUGCAAUCAUCACAAGUUCAACUUAUAAUUACUCCUGAAAUAUGUGAAGCCACUUCUCAAUUUUUAAGGAAGUGGGAGAGAAGAGGAAGAAAAAGUUCAGUUCCCCAGGCCUAUAAAGAGUUGGGGUGGGGUGGGGAUGUGUUAAAAUUCUUGCCAUGGUAGUUACAGUUAGGGGGACAGCAUGCUCCUAAUUCACAUGUUUCAUCUCAUGAUUUUGGCUGACCAGAUUUCAGGAUGUAACAGCUGUGUAUACAGGUAUACAUAAAUUCAGAGUGGGAAGAGCAUGCAGCGAAUUCUAACACAUACAGCCUUCUCCCCAAGACUGGAAUUAGGGGUAACCUCCCCAAUUUUUCAUAUCCAUUGUGUCAUCUGCCCUCUUCUCAGAGACGGCCUUAUACGCAGCACUGAUCAUCUGGUCUUUGUGCCAGUUAGAAAGCUACUUACUAUUGCAGUCAAUUUUCAAGCGGUAAAAAAGAGGAGAAAAGAUUUUGAAAUUAAGCACUCAACAAAAUUUUAAUGAAUAAUCAUGCUAGGCAUUGGGGCAGCUCUACCAGAAAGGAGGGCAGUGGAGGUAUAUGUGUCAGUGCAGAAAUGAAGAUGGGGGAAAACUCUCCCCACCAUAAAACUUCUUGUGUAUCUGUGUAUGUAUUCGUGUAGCCAAAUUUCAAUAGAAUAUAUUCAUAUUGUGCCAUGUUUAUGUUAUGUUAAAACAAGUUUUUUCUUUUUGUCUCUAGGACAAAAUGUUUCAUUUCUGGGUAAAUACAUUCUUCAUACCAGGACCAGAAGAAAAUUCUGACAAAGUAGAAAACGGAAGUCUUCUUGGAGAUCAGGAACUUGAUGGGAUUUUCAGUACAGAGCGUUCAGAUAACGAUAAGGAAUAUCUAAUACUUACACUAACAAAAAAUGAUUUGGACAAGGCAAAUAAAGACAAGGCAAAUCGUUACUUUUCUCCAAACUUUAAGGUAGGUAUAUUCAAAGGCAUCAAAGAAACUUGAAGUGUACUCAGAGAGAUUGAAAGUAUGCCAUGCAUAGUAAAUCCGGGGUCUUAUUGUACAGUGGUACCUCUGGUUAUGAACUUAAUUUGUUGCGGAGGUCCGUUCUUAACCUGAAACCGUUCUUAACAUGAGGCGCGCUUUCGCUAAUGGGGUUUUCUGCUGCUGCCGCACGACUUCCGCUCACAUCUUGGGGCAAAGUUCACAACCAGGAGCAUCUAAUUCUGGGUGAGCGGAGCUCGUUACCCGAAGCGUUCGUAAGGAAGACGGUACACACCCCAAGGUUCCACUGUAUACCUUAAGGGUAAAUGUGUAACAACCCAGCAAUGAAUUUAUUUAUUUAAAAUACUUUUAGCCCACUCUUCAUCACAAGUGAUCCCAGGAUAUGGUACAAAAACACAACUUAAAAAUAACAUCCACCUGCCCAAUAAAUAUAAAAUGAGAGUGGCAGCUUCAGAAUCAGUAUCAUAAGAUUUCCAGCGGACUGCACUGCUUCCGGGUCAUCUUCCAGGGCACCCCUAUGUAAAGCAUAUUAUAGUAAUCUAACUGGGAGUUACUAGAGCAUUACCUCUGAAUAUCAAUAACAGGAAGAUGUUCAAAUUUGAGAGAAUUUUGUGUUAAACUGUUUUAUUUGUAUGUUAAAACUACUAUUACACUGAUUUGUUUUCCUCUUUCAUUUGUGUUCUCCGUACCUGCAUACAAAUACAGCAAGAGCUGAUUUUGGCAGAACCCAAGCUGAAUUCUGUUAAUUGAUGUUUGGACUAUAGUAUGUGAGGGGGAAAAAUAGCUUCCUUUUACAGUUCUAUUUCAGAAGCACACAUUUAAUAAGUACCGUAUUUUUUGCUCUAUAAGACUCACUUUUUCCCUCCCAAAAAGUAAGGGGAAAUGUGUGUGCGUCUUAUGAAGUGAAUGCAGGCUGCGCAGCUAUCCCAGAAGCCAGAACAGCAAGAGGGAUUGCUGCUUUCACUGCGUAGCAAUCCCUCUUGCUGUUCUGGCUUCUGAGAUUCAGAAUAUUUUUUUUCUUGUUUUCCUCCUCCAAAAACUAGGUGCGUCUUGUGGUCUGGUGCGUCUUAUAGAGCGAAAAAUACGGUACUUUGUUAGGCUUUUCUUAAGGUUUCCGGGAUCUUGCUAAAAUCUUUUGAUAGAGUAGUUAGUGACCAGAUCCUGAGUAGAAUAACUGUUAGAAUAACUACGAAGAAGCUAAAAAUAUGGGGCUUUGCCAUAUUAAUAGAAGAUUGAAUCAGUCACUCUAGAAGAAAUGAAAAAUGUAAGAUACUAAUAAGCCUUGAAAUUACUGGUGCUGCCUUAAAGAUCCCCAGUUAAUCACAUAAAGUACUUGCUAUUUGGGUUUCUGUCUAGUGUUAAUGCCUAGGUUGUGAUAAUAUUCUGCAUUCACUUUUCUCGUUCAUAACAGUGCUGUGCACAGAUGACCACACAAAGAACUACAGAUGCAGGGAGCAACCUAUUCCUUCUUUUCCAAGCAAAUAUGGACUGAUAUCUUUUGUCUUUUUUUCUAGGUGAAGCUAUUUUUCACAAAAACAGUAGAAGAGCCAUCAAACCCAGAGGCUAGCAGCUCAACUUCAGUAACACCGGAUGUUAGUGAUAAUGAACCUGAUCAUUAUAGGUAUUCUGACACCACUGACUCUGAUCCAGAGAAUGAACCUUUUGACGAAGAUCAGCAUACGCAAAUUACAAAAGUCUGAAUAUUUUUUUUAUUUGGGAAAAAAUACCACAAAGAAGAAAACUUGAAUAAACUGAAUUAUGGACCUUUUGAAAUGGCAAUAGGACAUUGUGUCACAAUUAUCAGUUGUAGGAACAGUUCUUUUCCUGACCAAUCUCAUUUUGCCCUAUGAAGUCUCUGGGCUUGACACUUCUUGUCCAGUUGAAAAAAAAGGUUACGUAGCUAUGUUGUGUAUAUACCUUUUCGUGUCAAGAGAACAUUUAAACUUCAAUUAGGAAAACACAAAGAUGGCACUUUCCCAUUUGAUUCCAGUUUUAUAAAAGUGGAGACAGAUCUGAUGUGUAUACGUAGGGAAUUUUCCUUUUGUGUUCUGUCACCAAUUGAAGUGGCUGUAAAGCUCUUUCUAAUACACAGGUUCACAUCCUGCCCCUUUCUUUGCACUUAUGUGGCAACAGAUAAGUCUGCAGUUGGCUUGGAGAAGUAACGGGUUUUACUACAUUCAAAUGCAUGUAAUAUGGGUAGGAGAGUGGAAAGAGAAGCUCAGAAAGGAUUGUUUUGUGCUGGACCCUGGACUGUGUACCAUUUCCAGCUUACUUACAUGCACCUCUUUAGCAUGCUACAGUAAUAAAUCCUGGACAUUUGAGGAAUCGCCGCUGUCACUGCUUGUUUGUGCAUUUUAUUUUUUUUAAAGCAUAAUGGUGCUAGAAAAGGCAGCUAGAGGGAGUGGUUCUGUAUUAGGGGUACAGGAAUGAACCUUCUACAGCAUCUUAAAAGAUCUACAAAUGAAGGGAUAUGAAAAUUUGGUUACAUGUGAGACACCGUAACAAUGACUUAACCAUACAAAUGUGGAGGCUGUCUACCAGAAAUGGGCUUACACAGUUGUUUGUGUGUUAUAGUUGCCAUGCCCCCAGCUGUGGAUGAUAAAUGUUGAAGUAAUAUUUUUUCUAAAAAAAGAAAAUAAAAAAAAUCCUUGUCUUUCAAACAUUUGGAACUGCUAUUUCGAAUUUCAUGGUGUAAAAUCCCAUUGGUUUAUUGGAGUUAAACUUGUUUAUUAUUGUCCCAUUUGAGUAAAAGAAUUUGGAAUAAUCCAUUUUUCCUAGUCCGUUAGCAUUGAUAACAAGGGUAUAUAUGGUAACUAGUCAAGGCAGAACUCAGGCUGAAUACCGAACAAAGGGGCAGCAUGCUGCUUCAACAUUCAUUGGUAAAUUUGCUCCCUUUUCUAAUCUGUGUAGUUGCGUGCCUAUAACUUCAUAUUAUUUUUAGUGGAACUUGCGUGUAACUGCACAGGAUCACAGCUUCCAUCUAUUACGUAAACUUUUUUCAAAGCUAAUGUUCAGAUUUCCUCAGAUUCGAUCCAGUUCUACAAUACCAUAGAUGGACCUUAUUGGCGAGAGGUGACAACCGUGUCACCGUUGACUUUCUCCUGCAACUUACGUUGAGCCUGAUUUAUGUUAAGACAAUUUGAAAGCCACAUUAGCCAACUAAAAAGUUUGUGCUUUAAAAUGUUUGGAUGUUGACAGUGUUCGGUGUCUUGUACAGUUCUACUGUGUAACAUGGGAGGGUCAGAUUGGAAAUAUUUCAGUGGCCUUUUGCACUGUUCUUCCUUUGGAAUGUGAAGGUCUGAAUGAGGGUUUGGAUUUUGAAUGUGUCAGUGGUUCUGAGAAGCCUUGCUUACGUUUUUAUGGUAUAGUCAUUGGAAAAGGAAAAUGGUAUUAUAUAUAUAUUAUAUAUAUAAUAUAUAUUAUGCAUACUCUCCUAUACUUUAUUUCAGCUACCAUCCCCAUAGAACAUGGCAAGAAUUACUAUGACUGAAAGGUUUGAGUCCUAAUUAAAACUUUAUUUAUGACAGUAUUCAUCAUUUAGCUUGAAAAUGCAUUCUUGUAGGUAAUUUCUUGAGUUUCUGGACUGUGUGCUUAAAUUCUUGGAUGUGCAGCAGCUUACAUGUCUGAAAUUACUUGAAGGCAUCACUUUGACAGGAGCUUACUCUUAGGCCCUGUGCCAUCCCUCAUCAUCUGUAGCCCCAUUUAAAAUAGUUUGUCACAGUAGUUAAAGGGCAGUUGUAUAAAAUAGCACCAAGGUUAUAUGCUGUGGCACAAAUUGUAAACUGAAGGGAUGUUUACAUGCAGCAUCAGUUGUUUUCAGCUUUAAGGAAAAAGAGUUUGGGGUGCCAGUGUGCAGUUCCAUGUUUAAAAUUCUAGCAAACGUGCAAUAUGUUAACGAUGCCUGUGGUUGCCACAAAGUGCCUCGUUUACCUUUUUAAAAUACUGUUAAAAUGUGUCAUGCAUGCAGAUGGAAGGGGUGGAACUGUGCACUAAAAGGAGGCUUUAACUGCAAUGUUUGGUAGAGCUGCCUCUUUACUCCGCCAGUUCAAAAUUCUCAGUCUGUUUUCAUAUAGAAUAUUAUAUAUAUAUACAUAUAUAUAUACACUAAGAAAAAAAGUCUGUUAAGCAGCCUUAUUCUGAUUCAGCCUCUUCAGAUACUAUUGUGCUGUGCAACAGUGGCUCUGUGUGUAAUGCUAUGCACCGAGGAUACACAAAACAAGAAAAUGACAUGUACAGGAUAAUGUCUCAUACAAAUCAGAUGUCCGUUUGUUAUUGUGUUUAACAGCCCUUUAUCGUAGUGUUAAAACUCCACUUAAAACUGAUUAAAGUCUCAUUCUUGUCACUGUGUUGGGUGUAUUAUUAUAUGGAAG